GCUUGAGCUGAGACAGAGAGCGAGAGAGGCAGAAGCUGAGCCGGGGGUCUGUUCCCCUUAAUAAGCAAGAUCGGUCUCCACUGAGGAAGAUGGGAAGAAGAGGGUGAAGAGGAUGCAAGAAGACCUCUGCCCCUCCCAGACUGGAGAUACAAAAAAGGAAAGAGAGAGAGGCGCCUCUUUCCCUCCAUCCUCAAUCUCUUCCGCCUCCUCCAUCCCUUCUUUUUCUGCCACCCUGCUGAAAGAAUCCAGCCCUUCCGAAAAGGGCAUCUCUCCCUGUCUCUCUCUUUGAAGGCAAAAUGUGGGAGUCGUUCCAAAAAACAAGCCGAGAUCUAACGGAGUGAGAGGUUUGCUGUGGGUGGCGGUGGGAGGUGUGGGGAGGGGGGGAGGAGGAAGAAAAUGAGAACAGUUGUUUUUGUAGGGUGAGCUGUAGGUGUGUUUGUGAGUGUGUGUGUAUGUGUGUGUGUUUGUGUGUAUGUAUGCGUGAGUGUGUGUGUGUGAGAGAGAGAGAGAGAGAGAGGAAGAGAGUGUGCGUGAGAUUGAGACAGACACAGACACUGCAUUGCUGCUGAUUCAGGAGUCUCUCCAGCAAAAACAUAACCACCAAGAUGCUGCUCUGCCUUGGACUGCCUGAUCCAUUUCUCCAUCAAAACAGCAGCAGGUGGAGGUCACAGAGGGGGAUUUGAGACCCUUCCUGCCGCCUGCGUGUUGCAUCCUCCCCCCACCCGCAAAACCAGGAAUUCUUCUUCUUAUAUGUUGGCACUUGGCCUGUUUCUCCGCAUCCUUUCUUUCCCUGGGUUUUGCCUCGGAUGGUUUUACAGGAGACUUGCUUGCACCAAAACCUGCCUGAUUUGCUGUUCUGGACAAUAUUAUUCUCCCUCUUUUGCUCCAAUCCAGCCUCCAGAGCAGGAAGCCAAGAGGAUCAAGGUUCCAUGAGUCUCCCCCUUGAGAAAGUGUGAGCAGCAGAAAUUGACUCAAGCAGCUAUUUGGAUUUGGUGCAUUAUUUAAGGUGUUGUUUGGGGGUUUUUUUCCCUCCCCUGGCGGCUGCUUCUCCUCCUCCUCUCUCUCUCUUUUUUUUUCACCUUUUUGAGAAUUUUCAAACUGAGUUACAUGCAUGUCCAGUGGGGGAAGGUUUAAUUUUGACGAUGGAGGGUCCUAUUGUGGAGGCUGGGAGGACGGCAAGGCUCACGGCCACGGAAUAUGCACCGGCCCCAAGGGUCAAGGAGAGUAUGCGGGUUCCUGGAGUCACGGCUUUGAAGUGCUGGGGGUCUAUACCUGGCCGAGUGGCAACACCUACCAGGGCACCUGGGCCCAGGGAAAGCGCCACGGCAUUGGUGUGGAGAGCAAAGGGAAGUGGGUGUACAAAGGCGAAUGGACUCAUGGAUUUAAGGGACGCUACGGAGUACGUGAAUGCACAGGCAAUGGGGCCAAAUAUGAAGGCACCUGGAGCAAUGGUCUUCAGGAUGGUUAUGGGACAGAGACCUACUCGGAUGGAGGUAAGUAGCCCAUUUGCUCCUUCUUUUCCUUGGUGUUGUCCAGUGGAUCAUCCUUCCUUUUCUCUGCCAGGUUGUGGUGUAUCCUUUUAGGAAGCCCUGCCAGUUCAAAGCUUCGUUCUUACUGUAAGACAGAGAAAAGCAGCUCACCCAGGCAGGGCCCCUUCCCAAUGGAGCCCUUUAAGUUCAUUUGUGACCAGGGCUGUUUCUUUUCAUGUUCUCUGUUGCCUGAUGAAGGGAAGGCCUUUUUUGCAAGCUGGUUUGUUGGAUAGAGUGGGGGGUAGAAGGCUGGAAGGCAUUCAAAUUCUUACUCAGCUAUGAAACUCCCUGUGGUGGGUUAGUCACUAUCUUUCAUCUAAGCUUACCUUGUGGGUUGCUGUAAGGAUAAAUGAGGUGAGAACUGUGAAACAUUUUAAUUUUAUUUUUUGCGUAUGGAAAGGAGCUUAGAAAUUAAGAGCAAUGGCUGUGAGGAACCAAACUAUAUCCAAAGUUGUAUAUGAGGAGGAAUACGGUAAGGCAGGGUCAAGAAAUUGGUUAGAAUCAUAACAGGAAAUGCAGGUUUUUGGUAUCUGGAGCAAAUGACCCAAGAGAGACCCCUUUACAUGGAUUAAUCUGAGGCACAGUUUGCCAGGAAGUGACGUUUGGCUUCCAUUCAUUUUCAUGGGGGUUGUUCAGAACGUCCCAGUGAAUUAUGCCCCCUGGAUCAGAUUUGUGUCUCUGCCACUGCCAGUCUGCUAUCCUUAAUUGUUGCCCAUAAUCUGCCACCCGAGGUGGUCACGUGUCUGUCCUAUCAUUGGACUGCUUCAUGACUUGAAAGCAUGACUCUAGACCCACCACUUGAACCUGUAGGUUCUUUCAACUCUGAAGCGGAGUAGGUUUAAAAACAAACAAACACAUAACCCAGGCAGCAAGAUGCACUGCUGGAUCUUCUCAGUGCAGGCACUUUGAAAUUCUCACCAUAAUGAAAACAUAUUGCAAGCUGCUAUCAUUUUUUAUAAUUCCCCCUCCACGCAUAAAGCUCAACCUGAUGCAUCCAGAGCUUAUCUGGCAAAUGACUGCAAUUUAUAGAGGGUUCCCACAAUGAGAUUUCACAGCUUGAUUGUGUACAGCAGGGGUAGAGGCCAGAUGUGGGCCAAGCCUCUCUCUCUAGGCCAUACUCCCUCUUUAGUCAUGUCCUUUCUGCCCAGGCCACCCUGCUCACUGCUCUUCCUCCACACCCUCAUUGAGUGCUUUUGUGUGACUGGGAUGUGUCCUUGAACUCUGAUAACGACUUGCCUGCCUGUAUAGAGCAUAGAAAGGUGUAUGCGUGUAGAAGUACAUUUACAUUUGUUGCUCUGGCCCCACCCACCACUGACUUGCAGCUCCCAGAACGUUACUCAGAAGGGAAUGUGGCCCAGGGACUGGAAAAGCUUUCCCACUGCCCAGAGGCAGGUGAGGACAGCUGUUUUUGACCUCUGAUGGCACUUUCAGGUGUAUCAGGGUGAGUAGGAAUGGGUACAAAUACUGAAUAAAUAUUUAGCAGAGACACAGAGAGAAAUUAUCUAGUUCUGAUGUCUUAUCCUGAGAAAACCGCUUCCUUUCUCUCAAGGGACUGAAUCACUUGGUCUCUUGUUCACUGACAGUGUCCCAGCUCCCCUAGGUAGUAGGGGCCAAACCAGCUUCCAAGAGUCCCGUGGAAACAACAAGGGAGGCCUCUGGUUUUCAUCUUAUGUGUCUGUAUCCAAACAGCUUUGAUCUCCCUCACCCCGGCCCAUGUUGCUUAGAGUGUUCUAAAGAUUUUAGAUAGAGAAAGAAAGAAAAACACCCAAGGCCUUUAUCCUCAGCCUUGAAAGUCUGGAUUGGCAGGGAGGAGGAGAAGCAGUAGAGAUCCAAAGCUUCAAAAUGCAACUCUUUAUAAACAAGUUUGUUGUUCUGACUGGGGUAAUAGCGGAAUGGGGCAAUGGGAGAUUGGGGAUGAGGAAAGAGGACUUUGAUAUGUUUUAACACUCUGUGCUGUGCUUACGAACUUACUUUGAAAUGGUUAGAGCUGAGGGUUUUCUUGAUUGAAAACAGAAUUUUGAAGGAGCAUGGAUACAUUCUACAUAUUUCCUGCUCUGCUUCUCUACCUUUAUCACUCCCUAAGGAGAGCUGGGAUUAUUCUGAAUACAUGGUUUUCUAUAAAGACAAGACUGAAGACCAGCUUGAAAAGUCUCCUAAAACCCAAGGGAUGGUUUUUUAAAGAAGGCAUCUGGCCUGUCCAUGCCUUUAUCCAGAACCCAGGUGGUCACGAUGGAAUCUUGCUGCAGCAGUACAAUUCGUAAUGAAUUCUGGCUGGCUAUGGAGUCCACAGAAUAGGACAUUAAUUUGAAUAACCCAGGAAUUGGACAGAAAUGUAAAUCUUCUGUCGUGGCUAAAUCAAUGUUGUCUCUAAAGCUAGAAAGGAUGGGGGAAACAGACUUCAUGAUGGUUGUGAAACUAGUUUAGGAAGAAAUGCUGUCCAGGUAGCAGAAACCUACCCAGCAAAGCUUUGGUGGAGAAUUGUAGGGCAAGUGUGGGGAACUUUUGGCCCUUCAGAUGUUGCUGCAACUCCCAUCAUCCCUAGUCAUUGGCCAUGCUUGUUGGGGCUGGUAGGAGUUAUAGUUAAGCAAUCUCUGGAGGGCCAAAGGUUCCCCACACCUGAUGUUUCGCACCUAUGAUUAUUAUUAUUUUUUUUAAAAAAUAUAUUUCCCAAUAUUUUUUUAAAAUAACAACACUUUUACAUUCAAUUAUACACCAAAUUCAUCUUGUUUGACUUCCUCCCCCUCCCCCUGGCUUCCAAACUCAAUCAUUCAUCAUUAUGCAUAUCAUUAUUUUUCCUCUGCAAUUUUCAAACUUAAUUAUAAAUAUGUUGUCCAUAUUUAACACAUCAUAAAUGUUACAGCAACCCUGCUAAUGUUUUAACAUAUUUACAGUGUUCUUUAACAUAUUCUAUAAAUUUUAUCCAAUCUUGUAAGGAUUUCUUCUCGUCUUGUUGCCUGAUCCUAAUGGUAAGCUUUGCCAUUUUGGCAUAGUCUAUCAUCUUGAUUAUCCAUUCUUCCUUCGCCGGUGUGCCUUCUUCUUUCCAUUUUUGGGCAAAUAGCAUUUUGGCGAUCAUGGUAGCAUACAUAAACAGUCUCUUUAAGUUCUUUGGUAUCUCCUCCCCCACUAUUCCAAGCAAGAAGGCUUCUGGGUGGUUUUUUUAAUAAAAGGUUAUCUUAAACAUUUUUUUAAACUCAUAGUAAAUCAUUUCCCAGAAGUCUUUUGCCCUUCUACAAGUCCACCACAUAUGCAAAAAGGUACCUUCAUUAUCUAUACAUUUUCAACAUAUAUUGGUGGAAUUUUUAUACAUCCUUGCAAUCGUACCUGGGGUUAGGUACCAACGGUACAUCAUUUUCAUAUAAUUUUCCUUUAAAGAACUGCAUACAGUAAAUUUUAAAUCCUCCUUCCACAGCCUUUCCCAUGACUCAAAUGGAAUAUUGUGUCCCAAGUCUUUUGCCCAUUUCAUCAUUACAUCUUUAACAUCUUCAUCUUUUGUUUCCCAUUCCAACAGUAGCUUAUCCAAUUUUCAGACCCUGAUAAUUCCUUCCCAAAGCCUCUCUCCUUAUCACUUCUGUGAAUAUGUCAUUUAAUUGGUGGUAUUGCAACCAAUCUGUUAACAGAAAUUUUGUUUCAUCAAAAUCUUUUAUCCUCAAUUUAUUUUCUGUUUCUGUUAACAGCUCUUUGUAUGCGGCCCAAUUUUCUUUGCACCUACGAUUAGCUCAGCAGUUGUCGGUGUAGAAUCGAAACAGACAUAAAAGUAUGUCCCUAAAACACGCUCAUGUCUCAUAUGUCUUUUAAUCUUGGUUCACCUGAGGAUAACAAAUGGCCUUAGUGGAAUUCAACUGAGUUCUUCAAGGGGACUGGGCUGGCGAUUAGUCCUAAUGAACUCCUGCAUUCAGAUAUUAUUGCAUCUGGAUGUAUGUAUGGUCAAUAAUAAUAAUAUUAAUAAUAAUUUUUAUUUAUACCCCGCCCUCCCCAGCCAAGGCCGGGCUCAGAGCAGCUUACAAGCAAUAAUAAAAACAAGUUGAAUGAAUACAACUUAAAAACAAAAUUAAAAUACAACAUUAAAAUAUUGAAACAUUAAAAUAUUAAAAUGUAGCCUCAUCGCAGGAGGAGAAAGGAAAAGUAAAAAGAAAGAGGGGGAGGGAAUCAAACUGGCUCCAAGCCAAAGGCCAGGCGGAACAACUCUGUCUUACAGGCCCUGUGGAAAGAAAUCAGAUCCCGCAGGGCCCUGGUCUCAUGAGGCAGAGCGUUCCACCAGGCUGGAGCCAGAGUUGAAAAGGCCCUGGCUCUGGCUGAAGCUAAUCUAACUUCCUUAGGGCCCGGGACCACUAGGGUGUUGCUAUUUAUGGACCUUGAGGCUCUCCGUGGGGCAUACCAGGAGAGGCGGUCUCGUAGGUAUGAGGGUCCUAGGCCGUGAAGGAAUUCCUAUUACACUAGGAAGCAAUGGCUCACUGCUUGUCAUGACAAAAAGAGGUAGCUGUUGGGAAUUAAAGCUCAUGUGCUGCUUUAAUCCUUCUGCUUUCUUAAGCUUCAUCAUUUCCUGGGAUGUCAACAUUGCUAUCUGCCACAAUUCUGUUCUUUAAACUGUAGAUAAACUUCAGUAUUGUAAGCAGAUCAAGUUUUAUUAACAGGUUUAGACAAAGCAAAGCUGGUGUGUAUUAAAGUUCUGAUCUGAAGAGUCUACAUUUUCUUGCAUAGGAGAAGCCAACAAAGGGGCAUCAAGGUGCCAACAGGAGCUCAGCAUUAUUUACAAAUGACCAUUGCUAUGUAUACAGUACAUUUUAGCUUGAAUUUGGAUCCAAGGGGUCCAAACACUUCUGUUUUCAUCAGCUGUCCACCUUAUUGGAUGCACAUUCCUCUUUCUACCUUUGAUGCUCCCACCCACCCCCCACAUCCUAUAACAUGUGCUCAUUCCUGUUGCAGCAAUACACAGUUUCCUUUUGCUGUUAUCAGGCUCUUGGAACUCCCACACACUCUCCUGUUCUUCAGGCACAUGCACAUAGUCUCUCUCGCACACUUCAAUGCUGUCAUACACAUAAUUUUCACCCUUUGUACACAUACCCACACACAGAUGCUCACACCUCCGCAUUUGUUUCAUGUUUCAGACAUGUUUGUCAAAAACAGACCCAUAGAUUGCACAAUUAUAUCUCACAGUUGCACAGAUGCUUCAGAGGCACAGGAAAGGUAUACUGGGCCUUGCAAGCACACAGAUGCAUUGCUCAUACCCAGAAGCACACAGUGAAUACCUUUCACAUAGACACAUCUCGUUUUCAGUAUCACUCGGAGGCCCAGAUCACAAACAUUCCAAAGCCCACUUUUCUCGUAUUCAUGCUGAAGUUGCCACCUGCAUGUAAUCACAUUUGUGUAUUUGCUGUGCAUCCUGGAUAUCUGCACUUGCAUCCUGGGUCAAAUACAUCAUACACACAGCCACAUUGCUAUUGUCAAACUGACUCUCCACAUACAUAAGUUUCCCUGUAUUGGAGUAAGGGGUUCGGACUUGCGAACCCUUCCAGCCCCAUGAUUUUAUACAUCUCUAGCAAUGCCAUUUCUCCCUCUAAUCAUGCACACAUAGAAAGAAGAAGCAUAUUCUUGCUUUUCCAGGGUACAAACCUUCACAGCAAUCAAAGCAAUGGACAUUAGAGUGAUAGGAGAACUAAAAGAGGAAACUGAGUACUCAUUUCAUGUUUCUAGGACUGAAAAUUGCACUCUCUAUAUAAGUGUGUGUGUGUGUGUGUGUGUGUAGCCUGCAAGCAUUUCAUACAUGCCAGCAAUCUCUAUUUUAGCUGCUUUAUAUUUGGAAAUUGAAGCAGAGCUAAUUGAACAAUACCAGAAAGGCAUCCCAGUCCUGGAAAUAACUAAGCAAUACUAUGUCAGGCUGACGUUAGCAACUCAAAUUAGCCUAGCCAAUCAUCAAGAACAUUCUUUUUUAAAAAAACAAAAAAAACCCCUGUUUUAAUUUCUAGCAAUCUAAUCUCAAAAGAAGCACACACUCUCAAUCUUUCUCCUCCUCAUAUCAAAGCUUCCUUUUUCAGGACCUUGGAGAGUACUAAUUGAGCUGACUGGGCAUGCAAUCAACUGGGCCCUGCUGCCAUAAAAUUUCCACUUAUUUCGAUCCCUUUGCCCCAGCACCCUAAAAUGAAUGUGGUCUGCAAGCCUCAGUCCUUGGUUUAUUGCAACCAAUGCACUCUCCAAGGACACAUCCAGAUGGCCGUUGUGAAGGGGGAGAUGCUGUAUGUGUAUCAGGUGCACACCUGUCUCCUGUGGUCCUCUUGUGUGUUAACUCAAUCCUUCCCUGGCCCUGGAGGUCCCUGCCCUUCCCUGAACAACAGCAAGCAUAUCAGACUAGUAUUAAGUCAUGAAUGGAGACUGCAGAGCUACAGGGCUUGGUAUACGGCAACCAAUGUUUUCUCCAAGGACAGAUCCAGAUGGCAAUUCAUAUGGUGCGAAUCUAACUCUGAUAAAGUGGAGGGGGAAAUGGUACUGCCAUUUGAAGAUACUUCAUGAGUCAAAGACUCGCUUACUGAUUCACAUGCACAACUUGUAACCCACCAAGCCAAAUUUAUCCACCUUGGUUGCCAGAUGCUACAGAGCCACCCUGUUUUUUUCUGCAGUCCCACACAGGCAACAAAACAGGAGGCUGAUUGAGUCCCUGGUGGACUUCCAUAAUGGCUGUGGGUGGUGCUUGGGUCACAAGGUAUAUGUAGGCCUGGUGUACAUCAUCCUAUGAAAGCUCUGUGGUGCUUGAUCUGCAGUGGCUCUUUCUCACAUGCAAGUAAUCCUUAAAUGCUGCCCUCAACCUGUGUGGCAGACAAUGCAUGUCCAAACCACCCUAACCACUCUCCAAGUUUAUCACACAACUGCCCAGCUGAAUGUGCUGAAAGCAGUUGCUCAACAAUCCUAACCCAUUAGGGGCAUGGUCCAGCACAUUUUUCAGGAAUGCGCGCUUGCACAGCCUCCAAUGGCAACAGGGAAGUUUUUAAAUGGAACUUCCCCACCUCCCCACUUUGAGUCGUACCUUCCAGUAAUGCAAACAGAUUAGUUAGGAAAAAACAACAAGUUGGAGGUAAGAAGCAUCUCCGUCCACAUCUAAUGAAUUUUAUUCUAGGCUUUAACUAUCUGUCAUUCUCCUGCCCUCUUGAUUUGCCCCAAAUUUGGUACCCACACUAAAAGGCAUAUUUACAAGAAUUUGGACGAUUUGUUCUAUAGCCAAGGUUUUGUUCUGAAAAUAAGAUGGGUUUUUCACCUCACCACAGUGAUAGAAAUAGACACUGAACUCAGCUCUGUGGGUGUGUAGAGAGAGAGGGGUGGUGGUAAAGGAAUAUAAUUAUUAUUCUUUGCUGCUGUUGUUUAUUUAUUGCCUUCCACAUAUGUAUCUCAGGACGAUGUACGAAACAUAACAAAAACUUAAAAACACAAGAAAUAGAUGAUUUUUGUUUGUGUGAAAUUAUACAGAAUGGACACCUUGGCAGAGACCUCUUCAUCCAGCAGGGAAAAUGUGUCAGAACAUAUAAUUAUGCCCCCCUCUCUCUUAUUUUACUCUCUUUCCUUAUAAGGCCUUAGCAUUUGCUUACUUUCCUGGACAGCACAUCAUCUUCCAGAUGGGUUUCUUUUCGGAGGCACAGUAGCUAUUUCCCCCACUGUGUAGGCCCCUGGAGUGCUCUGGGUUUGUAACUUAGGCUAAGUGCACAUCCCAUUUGCACCUGUUUGAUGAUGAAAUACUUGCCCCCAUUCAUUCCAGAGCCCCAUGUGAACUUUGGUGUGUGAGCUCAGAGCUACCACAUGUACGGGGCACUUUUGCUGUUGUUCUGUAGAGAAUAAAGAACUGUCGGCCCCCUCACCAAGCACAGAUGGGCCACAGGUCAGUGGCAGAGCACCUGCUUUGCAUGCAGAAGGUCCCCCAUUCAAUCCUCAGUGGCAUCUCUGAUUAAGUAGUCAGAUAGCAGAGAUGGGACAGAUUUGCUCCUAAGACCCCAGAGAGCCGCUGUCAAUCAGGAAAAGUUGUGGCCCUCUCCAGAUAUUGUUGGACCACAACAGCCACCAUUCCUGACCACUGAUGAUGUUGGAUGGAGUCCAAACAGCAUCUGCAGGGCCACAGCUUGCCCAUUCCUGGGGUAAACAAUACUGAGUUAGUUGGACCAGUGGUUUGACUCUGUAGAAGGCAACUACAUGUGUCCAGGCUACAAUUUUGCAGGGUUUCCUGAGGGAAACAAUGCAUUAAAAAGGUAUAGAACCAACAUAAUGUAGUGCAGAUUAUAGUGUAGAUUAGCAAUCUUCAACAUUGGCUAAACUGGCUGGGGAUGAUGGGUUCUGUAUUCCAACUGCACUUCAUGACCCAAAGUUGAAGAAUGCUGGUGUAGAUAAUUAUAAUCACUAGAAUUCUGUCAAAUGGUGAUUAUAGGACCCUCCCGGUACCUUUUUUAAAAUUACGCAUUCCUGAUUAUUUGUGCUAUAAUGCUAUGUGGGGGAAGGGCAGUGUCACACAUGAUCCUGCUUUUUAUACUGUUCACACUUGCAAAUGUUUCAGGGUGAUCACACUGCUUCAUUUCCAAUCAGUGCUUAUCCUGCAAUUACCUGCUGAAAUCAUGUAGCUUUUUAUACCAGAAAAGUUCUAGUUUAUUUUUGCCCUGAUUUUUUGUGCUAUAGCCCCUCUGGAGAGCAACGAGAUGGUAGCUUUGGGGAAGCAUUGCAGAACAACAAGUAAAGCAGAAUAAAUCCACCACUAAGGCACCAUUUUUGUCUUAAGAACAUGUUGCUGAAUACAACCAAAAUAAAACACAGGUCUGGAGGGGCCCAGUAAGAUUUCCCUCAAGAUGAUGGUGAGGGCUUGUUUCUUUUCCUGGGAUGUAAGGUGUGUGGCAAGCACCCUCUUCAGCCCUUCUUGCUCAUAUUUCUCCCUGUCAGAUUCUCUUCCUGAUAGUGAAGCAUCUGAGCAACCGGCUGGUUUUUGUUAAGUGCCUUGGUUUCGCUGUUUACAAUUCACCUCAGCGUCGUGGUAAAUGUACCAUGGAACAUUGCAUAAGGAGAAAAAGGGCCUUAACUCGCCUGAGAAGUGGGACGAGAUCACAGAGUUUGUGAUGAGGAUUAUUGAGUUUGAGGAUUAGUGAAGAGAAAGAGAGAGAGAGAGAAUUAGCCAGAUUCUGCUGUACUUUGUGCAGGAAGCGUAUUAGAAAUAAUAAGGCAGCUGAAUGCAUUUGGGAAUGUUUAGCAUGAUACAUGCUGGAGCAUCAGACAAUUUUGUGGCACCGAUCUUACCCCCAGAAGGAAAGCGUGAUGGUCUAGUAGGAGGCUUGGAUCAGGACAGGGAAAUGGGCUGAUUCAGGUGCCAUUGAUGCUGGGUGCUUUUUAGGUGAGUGGCCAUGAUCCUUUUCUAGCCAUAAAGCCUUGGCAAGUAAACAUUUCUCAGCCUAACCUACUAUGCUGGGUUGUUGUCAUGGAAGAAUGACAGAAGCCUCCAUUCUCUGGAAAGGGCUACAGACAUAAUUUAUGAAUAAAUGGCAGUCUAAGGUUGCACAGUGUAGAGCUCCUUCUCUCUUGCCGCCAGGUUCUUGUGGCGUUCACCUGGGGGGCAUGGAACUCUGGGGACAGAUGCUCAGUGGCUCUUUUACAACCUGCCUGAAUAUUGUCAUAGAUACAGCUCCCUCUGCCUCUGCUGCUACUGAAGCACUAUGGAGAUGCCUGCCUGUUGCAGAGAGUCCUCUCCUGCACUUUACUCCACCCCACCCCACAUUAGCCCCUUGUGCCCCAUGGAGAAGAUCCUUCCUGGAACACCUGAUUUCCAGAGCAUCAGAAGCCACCCAAAGUGUCAUUUAAUCCAUGGUAGCUUUUUUUAAAAAGCAGGCGUGGGGAAUUUGUGGCCUUCCAGGUGUUGCUGAACUAAAAUGCCCACCGGCCCCAGCAAACCUGGCCAAUGGACAGGGAUGAUGGGAGUUGUAUUUCUGCAACAUCUAGAAAGCCAAAGGUUCAUCACACAUGCUUUAAAGCCUCCUUCAACAGAGGCUCCCGGUCCAAACCUUUUCUUUGGACAGAGAGAGGAGAUGCCACAAGCUCUUUAAGGCAGCCUAUUGCUGAACAGUGCUUUACAUUUGGAGAGUUUCCUCCUUAUAUUCCUUAUAUUCCACCCUGGAGUAGGGGUCAGCAACUGGAGGCUCCAGCUCUGAUCUGGGUCCAUCAGGAGGAGUUCUUCCUAGCUUUUCAGCCACCACCCUAGAAGCCAAAGGAGGUGAGGCAACAGAACUUACUGGCUGGCUACUUUGGGGGUAGGCAGGUGAUUGAGGUGCAGGUUUAUUGCUCCUAAGCUUCUUAUGAAAGCCCUCAGGAAAAAAACUAGUUUCUGACAGGCCACCUAAAUCAAGCUUCUUGUAAUUUAAUUCUAUUUCGUCUUGCUCUUUGAGAACAUAAAAAGAGCCUGGCUGGUCAAUCAGGCCAAAGGCCCAUCUAGUCCAGCAUUCUGUUUUCACAGUGGCUGAUCAGAUGCCCCAGUGGGAAGCCCAAAAGCUGGCCCUGAGUGCAACUAGUUAUUCCCAGCAAAUGGCAUCCAGAGCCAUACUGUCUCCGUCCGUGGCAGUCAAGCAUAGCCAUCACUGCUAGUGGCCACUCGUAACCUUAUCCCCCAGGAAUGCGUUGAAUCCUGUAAAAAACAUCAAGUUGGUGGUCAUCAUUACAUCUCAGGGUAAUUAAUUCCAAUUCCAUAUUUUAACUAUUUGAUGCCUCAAGAAAUACUUUUGUCUGUCUGUCUUGAAUCUUCCAACCCACAGCUUCAUUGGAUGGCCCCAAGUUCCAGUUUUAUGAGAGAAGGAGAAAAAACUUUUCUCUUUAUGCUUUCUCUCCAUCCUGCAUAAUUUUAUACACCUCUGUCACAGACCCUCCAAGUGUCCCUGUUUUCCAGGGAUGUCCCUGAUUUAGAGAAGCCAUCCCAGUUUCUGAUUUGAUUCCAGAAAGUCCUGCUUUUCCUUAGGAUGUCCCUUUUUCAUUGGAGAGAUGUUGGAGGGUAUGGAGUUAUCUGACCCCCCAAGCCGUCUGAAGGCAAUCCUGUAUAGGGAAGUUUUUUUUAAUGUUUUAUGUUUUAUUAUGUUUCUGUAUAUGUUGGAAGCUGCCCAGAGCGGCUGGGGCAACCCAGUAAGAUGUGUGGGGUAUAAAUAGUAAAAUUAUCAUUAUGGAAUAGGACGUACCUAUUUUCAUUGAAGAAAUGUUGGAGGGUAUGCUAUCAUGUCCCCUUGUACUCACAUUUUCAAGUUUAAACUAAAAACCUCCAAGUGUUCUUUAAUAGGGAGUAUAUUCACAGUGAGUUUAAUACGCUCAUGUUAGCUGUGAGCAACAAUUUUGUUACAGAUUGAGAAUCCACACAAACUGUCAAGCAGGAGGGACAGAAAUUUGCCUUGAGAAUAUAGAGGAGCAUUGUCUCUUGGUGGUAAAGUUUAUUCUAGAGCAAACUGGGAGAGCAACACUGCAUACACAGAGAGAUUUUGUUUCAAGUAUCUAUAUGCUAUUUUCAGCCAAAAGAAAUUCUUGAAGCAGCUUUCAAAAACAUUAAACAAUUGGGCAUUUAAACCAAAUAAAGAAGCAACAUUUUUAAAAAUGGAGGGUGGGUGAAUCAAAGGUACCAUUCCACUAAGGCCUUUUGCCAGCUGCCUUAGGAAUUUCUGAAAGUAAUUCGGAAUGCAGAGAAGGCCCCUCCAAUGGGAGAAGGCAAUACUGUUCCCAAUAUGCCCAAGAAAACUAUAUGAACAAGAGAGGGUUUUGCAUCUGGAAAGGUAAUGCAUACUGAGGCAGGCAGAGGAAAAACUCUCACUCCAAACUGAAAGUCCAAUUUAAAUUUUGUUUUGUGAACAAGAUUGCCUGCAUUGUCCAGUCUGAAUGUUGGUUCAUAUCCUAGAAGGGCCAGAAACUCACCAGCUACCCAUAGGGCAAUUUACUGAUUUCUCAGCCUCAGCUUCUUAUCUAGAAAAUUAGUGUAAUAAUGACAUAGCCCACAGUGCUGUUUCAUGAAAGCGUUAAGUACAGAUAAUGAAAUACACAAAUAUACAAUAUAUGGCAAGAGGUUGUAAAAACUUGUGAUGUGAUGAUUAACUUCACAAGGACCUCUAGUAAGUCUUAAAGCCUUUCUUCUUCAUUUAUGAAAUGUGUGUAAGGAUAUAGUAACAUCAAAAGCAAGGAUGAUUGUUUUUGCUUUGUGCUGGCUUGAAAUCACAGGAAGUUGUCCUUUGGGAAACUGGUGAAAACAAGCCUUUUCUCUCAGGAGAAUAACGGGCGGAGGGCCCAAGAGUUCAACAAACAAACAAAAUGAAAGAAGGAAAUUACUUGGGAGUGUAUCACACAGGAGAUCUGCCAGACAUUGCCUUUAAACUUUGGUUCUCACUAGGCUUUUCUCUAAUCACAGAUUAAAUAUUGCAACUGGAGGUGGGGGUAUUAUAUUUUCCCAAAAUUCAAGCAGCAGAAUUUUUGUUGGGCAAAAUGCUUUUUUCCUCCUCCAUCUCCUCUGCUAGCACCAUCCCCUCUAUUAGCAAUGUUUUGCAGAGUGAGUGCCAAUCCUUAUUUAGCCAAAACUGCACCAUACACACACAGGAGAGGUUUCAGCUCAAGGGAGCAAGCAUUAUAGAGCUACCAAAAAGAAGAAGGAAAAAUAGAAACAAAAAUGUAAGGAAGCAAACAGACAACCCCCAAAACAACUCACUGAGGCCUGGACAUACUCAGUAGACACAGGAUGCUGGCUGGCUGCUGAAGGGAAAAAGCUGAAAACUGGGGGAGGGAAUGGAAUGGAGUAUCCCGGGGAAGGGUCUGACUGGCCAGAACCUUGAACAGGAGCAUUCCAUGUUGCACCAAUAUGUUGCAGGCCCUGCUUACCUCCAUUGUAAUGGUGAUGAUGGAAUGUAGUUCUCUGAUUGUCAGGAAAUGUUACUGAAUGUGGCCAGGUGACUCACAUAACCCUGUGCCUGUGCUGUUUUUUGUGGCUGCUUUUAAAGAUGCACCUUUUAAUGUUUUUAGAGGCAACGCACUCCCUCCCUCAACCAUCAGAGCUAUUGAAAUAUGCACCUGUUUCUGCACAUCCUUGGGGAGGGCAGGGAAGGGGGGGAAAUGAAGGGGAAUGGGAAAGAAUAGCUGUGCCUGUUAAAGCUGCACACCAAAGACUCUUUUGGAACCGAACGAUGCCCUGCUGCACCUUUAAGAGCUUCUGCUGUUUCCAUCUUUAAGCACCUCUGCUUUGAAACAGCCAGGUAGCUCACUGCAAUAUGCCGUGUUGUUACUGUUUUAAUGCAUUACAUGCCUGAGAUUCUCCAACGCUGCCACUUUGCAUGGAAAUGAAUCCUGCAUUCCAAAUCCACCGUUGGAGGCCAAUGCAGCAUAUUUCCAGACUCAAAAAUCGAAAUCCAGGUCGAAGCUGUGGUGCAGUGCGCGCUUUCCUUUCCUGCUCAGUAAAGAUUCAAGCCAAAGCACCUCCCAUUUUCUCCGUAGCCUUGUCUGCCUCAGGCACCCCCCUUCCCGCCCCCAGCCUUGCCCCAGCAUCCUUGCAUUUUCAUGUUCUGAGUGAGUCAGUUCCUUCUCUUCCACUCCAUCUUCGGCAAAUGCAUCCCGAGAUUUUUUUUGUUACUUGUCUCCGGCAGAAGCAUUUCCCCUCGGCCAGCCUGCCUUUCUUUACAGCACUUUCUUCCUUCUCUAAUAGCCUUGUUACCUCUCCCCCUGCUCAUUUCAGGCAGAGGUAUGGCCUUUGCGGCUCUGCUGCCUUCUGCUUGAUCAUUGGUAUUUUCCAAAGAAGCCUGUUGCUUAAUCACACAGGCUGGAAGAAGGAAAUAUUACUCAGUCUCUGGAGGGAAAGAGUCCAGAACAAUGGGCUUCUUUAAAAAGAAAAACCUACCAACCAAAUAAGCCACCCAAAUAAGCAGCCAAAGUGAUAGUCACCUGGCACAGAAGCUGAGGAGCUAAGCUGAAGCAGAGGCAAAUUCGCUCUCCCCAAUGUGCUUGUAUCUAUUCAAAUAUAUUUUAUCCAAAUUCAUAGGAAAUAAAAAAAGGACACUGCCAUUCCAGGUCAAACUUAUUUGUCCAUCUAGUUCAGUACUGUCUACUCUGACUGGCAGCCAUUCUCCAAUGUCUCCGACAGAGACACCUUUCCUAUUGCCUUCCUGUAUGAUCCUCUUAGUUCAAGAUACUGGCUAUCAAAUGAAAUCUGAAUGUCAGAUUAACACUGUGUAAGGAUACAAGCGAAGAAGCUUGAGUUCCAAUUCAUGCCAACUUGUUUAAAUCAAACUGGAAAAUUUGUUUAUGCAUUUAUCUUGUACAUUUCAACUUCAUUAGAUCCAGUUAACUGGAUUCCUAACCCAAGUCCAUGUUUGGCAUGCAUUAAUUAAUUUUAUUAACUCAAAAUCAGGGUGAUGUGUUGCUUUAAUUAAGGCAGCGCGCAGGCAAGUUUAAAUCCUCCUGUGAGUUAUUUCCAGUGCCUGGGGGCUGUAACCAACUAAGUCUUACUCAGAGUAGACCCACUGAAAGUAAUGGAUCUAUGUUUGCCAUGGACAUGAAUUUCUAGAGGUCUGUUCUGAGCAGGACUAACAUUGAAUAACAACCCCGAGGAAAGAAACAAGUAGCUUCCUUUCCCCCCCCCCACUCCACAUUUUAUACACCCUCAACAUGCUCCUCAAAACACAUACCUUAAUAAGAUUUUUGAUAAGGUUUUGAUAAGAUGCUACUCUGGGAGAAGCAGGUGGAGUUGGGAGCUAUAUAUACUCCUGUGGCAUUAUAUGCACAUACCCUCCAACAUUUCUCUGAUGAAAAUAGGCACAUCUGAUUUAUUUAUACCCCUCCUAUCUGACUGGGUUGCCCCACCCACUCGGGGCAGCUUCCAGCAUAUAUAAAAACACAAUAAAAAAGCUGCCUUCAGAUGUCUUCUAAACAUUGUAUAGUUACUUAUCUCCUUGGCUCUGGGGUGGGUAUGGAGUCAAAUGACACCCCACCCUCCAACAUUUCUCCGAUGAAAAUAGGGACAUCCGAAGGAAAAGUGGGACAUUCCGGGAUCAAAUAAGGAGCUGGGAUGGCUUCUGUAUAUCUGGGACUUUCCCUGGAAAAUAGGGACACUUGGAGGGUUUGUAUGCUGUCUAGGCACCCUCCCCUCUGUGAAGCAACGAGUGUUUUCACAGCUCCUUUGUUUUCCAGCAGCAGAAGCUUCCUUCAUAUUUUCUUCCUUCCAUUUCUGCACUGCCAUAUGAGUGUGGACUGAAGCAGAGCUAUUCCCCUUGCACUGCCCUAUUGCAGAGCCAGAGAACAGAGAACAUGCAGCCCGCCUCCUAUGAUUAUUUGUAUUUGGGUAUAGGAUAGAGCGCAAGUGAGCAACACACCAGCCUCAUGUUAUGCAGCCUCCCCCAACACCUCCUGUUCUCUGCUCUAUUCUUCCAUCCCAACAGAGUUCCUAGCCUCCUCCUCAUUUCCCCUUUAUUUACCAUGGAUUUUUAACGUGUAAUCCUCUCCACCUCCUUCUGUGUUUUUAAGAACAAUUAGAAGGGGCAGUAUUUUAUUUAAAGAAAGUAAACUUUUUAAAAAACGUUUUGCUAGUUGUCUUGGAGAAAAGCUGUCUGAGAAGAAACUGAUAGGUUUCUGCCAUGCAUAGCACACUAAAGUCAGAAAGGAAUUACUUUCACUUGCUUUCUAGAACAGUAGCUCUGUUGUACUAAAUAAAUCAAUCUUCCAUAUACUUCUUUUGAGAACAACUUUUUUUAAAAAGCAGUGGGGCUCACAUCUUAUCAAGCCUGCAUAGGUUUGGGAAUUUUAAUGUGAGGUUGCCAGGAUGAGAAGUGACGCAAGGUGAUCUUUAUUCCAGGUUAGUCAGUCCCAAACACUCUUUUAUCUGGCUCCUUUCACCACUGGCAUCUGCCCCCCACCCCACAGAUAACCAUCGAAGGAAUGCAACCCUGGACAGCAACUAAAUUGACCACCCCAGAACAACGGAUGCAGUCUUUGAAAGUGGUCUCUCCCCCAUCAUUAUUUCAGUGCCAAUAGAACAGAAAUAGUUAUUCAUAAGAAGAACUCAGCAUGGUUUUUUAAACAACAACAACAACACCCAUCUCCCAUCAGCAUUCUGGUGUUGUCAUUGUUGCAGUAAUCCAAUUUUCUACAUUUUCCCCAAAAGCAUCCCCAUGCACGGGAGUCUAAACUGGAGGUCACUAGAGCAUGAAUAAUGGUGGCAAUAUCAGCUGUGUAGCCUCUGUCACAAAGGUGUUCAAUACUAAAGUGCCCAAGUAAUGUGGCUGCACUCACUCAAUCUCUUCCCAGUUCAUCAAAAUGUCCCACUGUUUUCGAAAGCCAUAUGGGUUGUUUUCUCCGUGUCUGCAGUGCAGUUGGCAUUAUUAAAAAAAACCCCUCACCCAACAUCUCUCUCUCUCUUUCCUGUGUGCUUUUAACUGCUGCUUGAUGGAGAUUCAACAGGUGCACAUUUUCCCUGUCAUGCUGCACCUAUUGAAUUUCUACAUGCCUUGUAAAGCUCCCCCUCAUUGGUUGCCUACUGAAAGACACAUCAGUGUGAACUCCUUCUGCUUUUUCCAAGCGAUGAGGCUCCCUUCUGAACUGUGACUCCCCAGGCUCAUCGCCGUGGGUCCGUGGGAAUAUAUUUUCCGAAGGCCCAGCGAUACAACCAACUCGCUCAUGAGCCUCAUCUCUGAGUCCUCACCCUCCUCCUUUUGGUCCUUAUCCUAAUCCCUAAUCUUUCCCUACUUCCCAGCGCUAAUCCUAUAAAUCCUCCAUUAAUCCUAUCUGUCUCGUUCUCUCUCCAUCACCCUUCUCUGUCUUUAUGUGUGUGCUGGGGGCGGGUGGGGGAGACAGUGACGAACCUAUGGAGGCUGCAUUUUCAUAUUAUCCCACAGUAAUAUUUAAUAGGCCCUGGAGCCAUAUCUCCCUCCCUCCCUCCCUCCCACAUACACACAGAGAAUUUAUACCUGAUCCUGGAGCUCACUUGCUUCCGCUACCCAUCCAUUCAAACUGCCUUGCUUGGGAAAAAGACUUGACAACUUUUUCUGGUGUGCAGGGAAUUUAAGAAGAGCUCCUAUGGAUCAGAUUAAAGGUUCAUCUGGUCUAGACUUUCCUCCAAGGAGUUCAAGGUGGCAGACAUGAUUCUCCACCUCCUCAUCUGUUCCUCACAGCAACCCUGUGAGGUAGGUGAGGCUGAGAGACCCAGUGACUGCCCUAAGGUCACCCAGAGAGUUUCAUGGCUAAGUAGGAGCUUGAGCUGUGGUCUCCCGGGUCCUAGUUCAACACUCUCAACCAUUACACCACAAUGGAAGCUUGAUAUUUUCAGGAAGCUCACAAGAAGGCAAUGACAGCAACAGCCCUCCCUUGUUGUUGUUUUCACCCAGUGUUGGCAUUGUGAUACACUUACCCCUGGGCAUGGAGUUUCCAUUUCAGCCUCAGAACUCAUAGUCAUUGACAGGCCUACUAAUGUUCUCCAUGUAGUUGCCUGAUCUCCUUUUAAAGUUGUCCAAUGCUGCAAUCCUAACUCCACUGUGAAUAAGCCCCAUUGAAUUCAAUGUGACUUUCUUCUGAUUAUACAGGGUUGGGAUUGUCCUGAAAACCAUUGUUAACUGCAUAGCAGAUUUGUAACAUCUACCCUUAGGACUGAUGAGUGUUGCAGCUCCAAAUGCCUGGAAUACACCAGGUUGGGGAUUUAAAGUAUUCUUAUCCUGCCCUUUGGCCAAAAGAGGCUCCUGGAGAAGCUUACAGAUGUCAGCAGUAUGACAGUCCCUGCCUUCAGGCUUACAUGUCUAAAAUACAGGAUACAAAAGGAAAAGGGAUUGGGAGGGAGGAAGGGAAAAGAAAAGCCAGGCAGAAUUUCUUUGUUACAUGUAAUGACUGGCAGGAAUAGAAAGGUAUCAAGGAGAGGAUCAAAAGUCAAAAGCUGCCGGUCUUCCAGCAGAUCCGAUGGGAAGGGUCCAAUUUCUCUCCCUCUCCUGCAGCCUGAUGAGAACCACUGGUGUAGGUUUGUGUGUGCUAAGAUUUCUGGGCUUUAAGGCAAGAGCGAAGUUAAUAUGCAAUGCAUGGAAAAAGUGGAUAGAGAAAGGUGUUUCUCCCUCUCUCCUAAUCCUAGAGGACAUCCAAGGAAGCUGAAUGUUGGAAGAUUCAGGACAGGUGAAAGAAACCUAUACAAGCCGCUCUGAGGUCCUUGUAGGAAGGGUAGUGAUGUGCUUCAUGCAGCACAUAGUUACUCCAUUGAAUAUGUGCCCACAGGAGGCAGUGAUGGUCACCAACUUAAAUGGCUUUGAAAUAGUAAAGGUAAAGGGACCCCUGACCAUUAAGUCCAGUUGUGAGCAACUCUGGGAUUGCGGUGCUCAUCUCGCUUUAUUGGCCAAGGGAGCAGGCGUACAGCUUCUGGAUCAUGUGGCCAGCAUGACUAAGCUGCUUCUGGCGAACCAGAGCAGUGCAUGGAAAUGCUGUUUACCUUCCCGCUAGAGCGGUACCUAUUUAUCUCCUUGUACUUUGUGCUUUCGAACUGCUAGGUUUGCUAGGUUGGCAGGAGCAGGGACCGAGCAACGGGAGCUCACCCCGUUGUGGGGAUUCAAACCGCCAACCCCUGAUCAGCAAGCCCUAGGCUCUGUGGUUUAACCCACAGUGCCACCCGCGUCUCACGGCUUUGAAAUAGGAUUAGACAAAUUCAUAGAGGGGAGGGCUAUUCAGCGGCAGAGGAAGCAGGUGUGGGGGAUGUGGUUUGCCCCUGGUGUCAUCAUGGUGUGUGUGUGUGUGUGUGUGACAAAAUGAGUUAAAAAUAAAAUAAAAAUGGGCUCACCAAACUUAUUAGGAGUGAUGUGGUGGCUUAGGCGCCUGCAGGUUCCACGCUGCCUGAAACAGCAGUGUGGGACUUGCCUCUGCCUACUGCCUCUCCCUCAGCAGCCCUACAGCUGAGGUGGAGGUGGCGGAGAGGCCCCAAGCAUUGGAGAGGUGUGCCUCGCCCCCAUAGGCAGCUUGCCCCGCCCCCAUGGGUGGAUCGCCCCGCCCUGGCUGCUGGACAUGCCCCUUCAUCAGGCACCCGAGCGGCUAGCUACACCACUGGGGCUAUUGAUGGUUGAUAGCUAUGAUGGCUAUGCUCUGCCUUCAUGGAUGGAGGCAGUAACACUUGUGAAAACCAGUUGCUAGAAACCAAGAGGGCUCCUGUGCUCAAAUCCUGCUUGCGGGUUUCCCACAUGCAUCUGGUUGGCCACUGUGAGAUUAGGAUGCUGGACUAGAUAGGCCAUUUUAGAGAAAGAGAAGUGUCCAGGCACAAGGGACAGAAUGGGAGAAAGGGCAAACUUUAAAAAAAUGUUCAAAAGAACAUUUCCCACAACCGCAGAAUCUUUUUUGUCAAGGAUAAUCAUAACGGAAGUUCCCAAAAAAACCCAACAACCAGAGAAAUUUGGAAAAUAGAUAAGGUACCAAUGAAAGAAGAGUGGCAUCUCAAAUUGUUAGAAUAUGUUAGCUGGCAUGAUCACUAGAAUAAGAAACCAAAAUGAAAAAAGAUAUAAGGACGACUGGGUAUUAUUUAUUGAUUAUAUGAAAAAUUAUUAUAAGCAGACAAUUAGCCUAGCAGCAUAGUAAUAUUUUCAACAACAUAAGUUAGAACUAGAAUUGACGGGAGGAGCAGAGAAAGAUUGGGGAAACGAAUAAAACAGGAGAGGAAGUGAAAGAUAAAAGGAACCAUGGAAGGAGAGGAAGGGAAGUCAGUCAAUGCCUGUUUUGUUUUGUUUUUAAAUGUACUAGAAUAUGUAAUAUGCAAUUUUCUUUUUCCUGUUUCCUAUUACUUUCUGGGGUAGUUGUUUAGUAUUUUUCUUGUGUUGAAAUGUAUCAGAAAUGCAAAAUAAAUAAAAAAGAAUGGGAGAAAGGGCAGAGUCAUUUAAGACAAGGGAUCAUAGUAGGUCCAUAGCAAACUCAUUUGCCCCAGUCCUUCUGGGCAUGCUUUGGACUAAUGGUUUUCCUACGACAGGAGUCUGUCAGCUUCCGCAUGAUUUUUCAACAGCCGGAACAGAAAGGGAACUAAUUAUUGGCUGGACAUAGUAUUAGGAACCUCUUAUUCUAUCACCAGAGCAGGUUGAACAUAUAUAACUUGAAGGGGUCUGACCCUGAUUAUGCCUCUGAAUAGCAGUUGCUGGGAAUUACAAGUAGGCAGAGUUCUGCUGUGUUCGUGUCCAUCUUGCAGGCUUCCCACAGGCAUCUGCUUGGCCACUAUGAUGCUGGAUUAGAUGGGCUUCAUCCAACAGGCUCUUCUUAUAUUGGAUGAAAGACCACCCAAGAAACCUAUGAAAACCACUCUGUGGUCCCUGUAGGGAGGGUGGUGUAUAAAUGUAUUAAAUCAGCGUUCUUCAGUCUUGGGUCUCCAGACGUUGUCGGAUUACAACUCCCAUCAACCCCAGCCAGCCUUCCUAAUGGUCAGGGAUGAUGGGAGUUGUAGUCCAAUAACAUCUGGGGAGCCAAGAUUGAAGAACAAUGUAAUAAAUAACUUUUUUAAAAAAAGGUUCCUUUUAAUGUUAGCAGAUGCUAUGUAAUACAUUCCACUGACCUCUUCUGGACUGAUGCAGAACUGCUCUGCAGUGCUUCUGCCUUUCAGCCAGAGAGAUUGUGCAGGACAGUCUCCUCACCCUCUGCUCCUGCAAAGGCCUUUAUGCAGCAUUGUGCUGACAAAUAAUUUGGCCUUUGCCCAUUGGAAAUAACCCCCCCCCCAAAAAAAAAGAAAUCUAAGUUUCUUUUUGCCAGUGGGAAAUGCUUCAUUGCAAUUGCAAUUCCAUCCUGUCACUUUUCAAAAUGUGACAAGUUCAGAUGUUCAUAGAAUUUCCCAAAGUUUUCACAGGGCCUGGAUAGCUCAGUUGGUUAGAGUGUGGAGCUGAUAAUACCAAAGUUGCAGGUUCAAUCCCUGUAUGGGACAACUGCAUAUUCCUGCAUUGUGGAGAAUUGGACUAGAUCCGUGGUUCCCAACAUAAGGCACAAGCCACAGAGAGGGGCAAUAUGAUUUUUAAGGAGGGCAAUUCAAGAAUGAGUUAUUAACAGUGAAUGGCCUUUUAGGCUUCCUCCAUGUGAAUAGGAGUUCACUUUUUGAAUAAUAAGAAUUAUAUGUCACGGGGGAGGGGACAUCAGGAUUUUAGAGAUGCUUAGGUGGGGCAUGGCCAAAAGAAGGUUGGGAACCACUGGACUAGGUGAUCCUGAGGGCCCCUUCCAACUCUACAAUGCUCUGAUUCUAUGACUUGCAGUCCUGUGAGUGCAAGGAGCUUCCUCUUGGAAGGGACUGUGUUGCUCAGAGGGUGCUGCUACCACCAGCCUGCUAACCUUCCCCCUUUUCCUUUCCCGCCUCUUUACUCACAGGGACAUACCAAGGCCAGUGGCUUGGAGGGAUGCGUCAGGGAUACGGCGUCCGGCAGAGCGUACCGUACGGCAUGGCUGCGGUUAUCCGAUCCCCACUAAGGACCUCCAUCAAUUCUCUGCGCAGCGAACACACCAAUGGCACAGCGCUGCACCCAGAUUCUUCGCCUGCCCUGGCCGGAAGCCCUGCCGUCUCCCGGGGUGGCUUCGUCCUGAUGGCUCACAGCGAUGCUGAGAUCCUCAAGAGCAAGAAAAAGGGCAUCUUCCGACGCUCCCUCCUGAGCGGGCUCAAGCUGCGCAAGUCCGAAUCCAAGAGUUCCUUGGCCAGCCAGAGGAGCAAGCAGAGCUCUUUCCGCAGCGAGGCGGGCAUGAGCACGGUCAGCUCCACGGCCAGCGACAUCAACUCCACCAUCAGCCUGGGUGAAGGGGAGGCCGAGCUCUCCGUCAUCGAAGACGACAUCGAUGCCACCACCACUGAGAUCUACGUGGGCGAGUGGAAGAACGAUAAGCGGUCGGGCUUCGGGGUCAGCCAGCGCUCCGACGGGCUCAAGUACGAAGGCGAGUGGGCCAACAACAAGCGCCACGGCUACGGCUGCAUGACCUUCCCGGAUGGCACCAAGGAGGAGGGGAAGUACAAGCAGAACAUCCUGGUGAGCGGCAAGCGGAAGAACCUCAUUCCGUUGAGGGCCAGCAAGAUCCGCGAGAAGGUGGACCGAGCCGUCGAGGCAGCCGAACGGGCAGCCACCAUCGCCAAACAAAAAGCGGAGAUUGCGGCUUCCAGGUAAGGCUGCUGCAGGGUUGUCAGAGGAACGGCAGGAGGGUGUCCUGCGUAUAUCUGUGGUUCCAGUUUCUGAAGGGAAGGUGGGAUGAUUGUGUGGGGGACUUCCACCACUGGGCUGUGGUGGGACAUAAUUCAUUGGCAUCUCUUUGUUAUGGAUGGUACCACGAGAUGGAAUAACAAGGCCAGAACAACAAGUCUGGUCUGUAAGAUAGAGGGCAGAACUGCUGUGAACUUGGGCCCUGAACGGAGCAGUCCUGGGUGAAGGCCUCGCUCAUUCUUCCUUUUUGCACUGAGCUCCUAAUCAAAACUUAUAUUGCUAUUUUGAUGCUGCUUCCACACUGUAAUCUGAAUGACAUGUCGAGGGCUUGGUUGGUCUUUCUGUUUGAGGCUCAGAGCACACAAGGGUUGUUUUUUGGCCAUGAGUCAGGAGAAGGGAAGCAAAGAUUCCAAAUGGAGGGAGAACAAAACAGGAAACGGGCAGUGUGUGAAUCUGAUAAAUGUUCUCAACAGAUCAAGAUGAGGUUGAUGGGAGCAAGGAACCACAGCAGCUGAGCGGACCAAAGAGGGAGAUCCCGGGCUGCGCUUUCCUUAAAUGAGGCAAGCCACACACCCUGAGCCAGCUGAUUGGCUGGCCAGGGGAUGACGCGGCCCGAGGAUUCCCCAGAUUGCGCUGGGGCUGGAAGCCAGCCUCCCAGUGGCGUAGCGUGGGGGGUGCAGGGGGGCCGGCCGCACUGGGCGCAACAUCUGGGAGUUAGGGUUAGGGGGUGCAAAUCCACGGGUUAGGGGGCACAAAUCCACGGGUUAGGGGGCGCAAAUUACUUGCCUUGCCCCGGGUGCUGACAACCCACGCUACGCCACUGCAGCCUCCGCGUGCUUGUUGGGGGCGUGCUGCCCGCAACACCACCUCCUCCUGAGGUCGGAAGUGUCUUUCUCAACAGAUCAAGAUGAGGUUGAUGGGAGCAAGGAAAAUAGGGCUGGGGAGGAAGAGGGGAGUAGAACCUCAACUUGUGGAUCUGCCUCUGUCUGCCUGAAAUCCAAGGCAAGAUGUUUAAGAGAGACGUGUGGGGUCCAGAAUGUGUAUAGUUCCCAUGCACUUUCAUUUGUCCUUAAGACAGGAGGGGGAAGAAGCUGACCCUCCAGAUGUUGUAGGACUCUACCUCAUUUCAAAAGGCCGCUUGAUAGGUGAUAGUCCUCUGUUGAUGGUCUUGGGCUAUAGGCCAGCAUUUUAGGCCUGCUGUGUACUUCUUAAAGACACCAGGGUCGUUUCCAGUUUCCCUGUUCAUACCACGACAGACCAUGCGACACAAUACAUUCUUCUGUCCCACACAAUGUUCUCUGUUUACUGUAAAGUACAGAAGAAAGCAUCAAUAACAGUAGGUACAAGUAAUGAAGGUAAGCCUAACUAUGGCACUUGGCCACAAUGUCUGUGUUCCACCACCACCACUGCUGGGGGUACUAUGCCUCAGAAUAAUACCAGUUUCAAGUGGGGAGAGUGCUGCUGUUUCACUCAGGUCCUACUUGGGGGCUUCCUAUUGGGGCAUCUGGUUGGUCACUGUGAGAACAGGAUGCUGGCCUAGAUGGACCUCCUUUGGCCUGAUCCAGCUGCAGGGCUCUUCUUGUGUUCUUUUAGUGUACUGUGUGUUGGUUCAAAUCCUAACUUGGCCAUAAGGUUCAGGGGGAGGCUUUGGAUAGGUCCCCAUCUCACAGCAUGGCUUCCUUCAGUAGGUUCAUUAUGAAGAACCUACCGAAGUUGGUGUUACAUUUCCUGUGCUGUGCAAGGUUCUCAUGAUACAUACUAAUUGAAGUAAGUACAAUCCAGAGCAAAUACCAGUCAUCACCUUCCCCUCUUAAAAAAAAGUCAUGGCUAGUAUAUUUGCACAGGUAUGGGGCUUCCUUCCUAGAACAAUGACGUUUUGUGUUUCAGGGUGCCUGGAAUUCAAAUUUCCUUGUGUCAGAGAUUUGAGAGAAGGUAGAAUGUCCAAAGCUGGAAAAAUCCCAGGUGCCCUUUGCCCAGGUGCCUAAAAUGAGACACCUGUGCCUAAGCAAUUUGCCAUUUUUGCUUCCUGCCCCUGCCAAUGUGAUCUUGGAAUCUGGGGAUCUAACAUGUUUUUCCAUCCCAAGGAGCAGACUAGCGCUUGCCUAGAAUGGAGAGCAGCAUCACAUAUCUUACAAGAAGGCUGAGAAUGUCUCUCUCUUUUGGGGGGGGGGGAGAAUCAUAGCCAACCCUCUCCAUUUCUUUCUCAGACAGGCCCUUGAGGAUGGCCCCAGUUUUUGGCCUCUCUUCAGCCCACAGCUUCUCUCUGCCAGAGAGCAGGGGACUGCGCGUACCCAGAAAAAAGAAAGUAAAAUCAAGCCAGCGCACUUAGGGACAGCACAGACAGUUUCUGCCCAGAUGAAGGAGGCUUUCUGAGAAAAAAUAAUAAUUGCUGAGCAAUGCUUAGCACCUGUGGGACAGACCCAGUUUUACCCCUAUUGUUUAAUUACACAGAUCUUCCAGUUUUAAUUACAUUUUCAACACGCACACGCACACGCACACAAAAGUCUGUGCUGUGGAACACUGAUAAUUCUUUCUUUCUUUCUUUCUUUCUUUCUUUCUUUCUUUCUUUCUUUCUUCUAAGGAUUUCACACCUUGCUGCCCAUCAUCGUAUGCUGGGGCCAUAAGUCUCUGUCUUUUUCAAACAUGAGGUCCACCUUUAACCCUAUCAUAUAAUGUGGAACCCAGUUUAGGUUUUUUUAAACAUGCAUGUCCCUCUUUUCACAUUAAUCAAUGGCUGCUAGCCAUGAUAGCUAUGCUGUGCCUCUGCAGUUGCAGGCAAGAAUGCUCCUGAAUACCAGUUGCUGGAAGGCACAGGAGGGGAGGGUGCUCUUGUGCUUGAAUCCUGCUUACAUGUUUCCCACAGGCAUCUGGUUGGCAACUGUGAGAACAGGAUGCCAGACUAGAUGGGCCAUUGGCUUAGUUCUUUUAUUUACUAAAUUUAUAUACUGCCCUUCAUCCGAGAAUCACAGGGUGGUUUAUCAUAUAAAAACACAAAAGGACAUGAUGACCUGAUAACAAACAAAACAAUAGCCCUUUCCGCACACACAGUUUAGAAGGCCAAGGCUUGAUCCAGCAGGCUCUCCUUAUGUUCUUAAUCCAGUGAUGGCCAAACUUGGCCCUCCAGCUUCUUUGGGACUACAACUCCCAUCAUCCCUAGCUAACAGGACCAGUGGUCAAGGAUGAUGGGAAUUGUAGUCCCAAAACAGCUGGAGGGCCAAGUUUGGCCAUCCUUCUCCCUAUUACCUUUUCAGCCCGUAUUAUCUACACCGCAGCCAGGCACUUUAACAGCUAUUCCUUCUCCAGACAGAACCAUGGUGGUUGGUUUACGUGUGGUGGGGAAAGAGGGGUAGAGAUUUCUGACAGCAAAUUCAUAGCAACCACACCAAAGUACUUUCCUGGCGUCUUUUGAGGAAACCAAGGUUGUUGAGUCUGUAUAGACAAGUAGGCUUACCUUGUUUUGCUCUCAGCCUUUCCACAUCUCCUUAAAAAUAUCAGUUGUUGUGGUGUCCUGUUAUGGCCCACCUUUGAGGAGUCUGUGGCCCACUUGUGGCCAUAACUCACUACUUGAAGACCAGCAUGCUGUAACAGCUGGAACAAUUUUUCCAAUGUGCUCUCUUCUCAAUGCAUUUUAACAACAGGAAUAUUUCCUUCACUCAGAUUGGGUUUUGGAUGAUGGUGGGUGAGUGGAGGAGAGUCCUUAGCGUGACCCACUUUCCGUAAUCUCUCUCAUCUUGUUUCUUCAUGUGUGAGUGUGUGACUCAUCUGGCUGCCUCAAUGCCUCUUUGUAUGAUUGAGAUUCAGGGGUGAUAAUCUCAUGGUUUAAACUCUAGCAAAGCAGUUGUGUCAUCCGUCCUCUGUCUCGGUGUUGUUAUACAGGGGCUGUUAUUCUGAGAACAACCUCUGACUGGCUGGGGUCCAAGGCUCCUACAAUAUCCUCUUUUGACUGUGGUUCCUUUUGCUGGGUCACAGGUUGCUUUGAGGCUAGCUAGAGUAAGGUUACCAGAUGUUUUUCAAUGAAUCCGGGGACACUUUUUAAAAAAAAAGAGAGAGAAAAAGUUAUUUAAAAAGAAGAAGUAGUAAUAUCUUCUCUUCUGUGGUCUCCUCUGUCGCAUGGCCUUCCUCUGGGCCCCUGCCAUGUGUCCUUGCCCUCCCGGUGCUCUCCUACCUCUCCUUCUCAGCGGUGGUGGCAGCGGCGCAACAAAGUCGGGGCUUCUUUCUUUUUUCUCCUUCUUCUUUCUUUCUUUCUCUCUCCUCCUUCUCCGUCUCCUCUCCCCUUUCCUUUUGCGUUGGCUCCAGGUUUUUCCUGGCCCCGGAACGCCGCUGGGCAGUUGGCUGGGUGGCCAGCGCUCUCGCUCCCAGCUCAAUUUGGGUUGCGUGUGUGUGUGUGUCAGUGGCUCCCCCAGUUGAUGCACCGGGCGUCCCCGGUUCCCCUUCGGUAGUGGCAGCGGCAGUCUCAGCAGCCCAGAGCCAGUCUGGUAGCUUCAGGAGUUGCUCGCUGCUGUGGCGCCCGCCAUGUUGCCUCACCGGAAGUCCCCAUAUUAUGUGUCAUGUGCCGUUGAACCAAUCACGCAACAGUCAUUCCCUACUAAUAAAUCUACAACACUUAAAAUAUAAAUCCGGAGACAUUAAAUGAAACCCCGGGGACAUUACGGGGAUGGAUUUUGUCAGGGGACAGAUUUGUAAAUCUGGGGACUGUCCCCGGGAAACAGGGACAUAUGGUAACCAUAAACUAGAGCCCUUUUAGCAGGGCUGAGGCCCUGCUCCUCCAUAGCCAGCUAGAAUCAGUUCUAUCAGAGUGGCUCCACAUGACCUAUAAUAUAGCCUUACAUCCUCCUUAUAAACUGCAGUGCUAACCAAGGGUACCAAAGGAGCUUGCAGGUGUAAUCUCAGAGCCACUGUCUAUAAUCGUUGAGAAUUCUUGGAGAAGAGGUGAGGUCCCUGCAGAAUGGAGGUGGGCAAAUAUUGUCUGUCCUCCUUAUCAAAGCGCGGGGGGGGGGGGAGACCCAGGGAACUGCUGACCGAUCAGCUUCACAUUGAUACCAGGAAAUGUCCUAGAACAGAUAAUUCAACAGUACAUUUGUGAGCACUUAGAAAAGGAUGCUGUGAUUAUUAAGACUGAACAUGAGUAUCUCAAAAACAAGCCAUGCCUGAUAAAUCUCAUUUCUUCAUUUUUUCCGAUAGAGUUAUAAGUUUGGUGGAUCAGGAGAAUGCUGUGGAUGUAGUGCAUCUUGAUUUCAGUAAGGCUUUUGACAAAGUUCCCCAUAAUAUUCCUGUGGAGAAGCUGGUAAAAUGUGGGCUGGAUGAGGUAGCUGUUAGGUGGAUUUGUAGCAAUGCGAAAGAGUGCUUGUUAUUGGUUCCUCAGCAUCCUGCAAAAAAGUGACAAGUGAGGUGCCGCAGGCUUCUGUCCUGGGCACGUUAUUGUUCAACGUCGUUAUAAACAACCUGGACAAAGGAAUUGAGGGGAUGCUCAUUAAAUUUGCAGAUGACGCCAAACUGGAAGGGGUAACUAAUCUUGACUAAUAUUGAACAGAUGCCCUCAGAAGGUGAUGCACGCUCCUUCCUUGGAGGUUUUAAAGCAGAGGUUGGAUGGCCGUCUGUCAUGGAUGCUUUAGUUGAGAUUCCUGCAUUGCAGGGGGUUGGACUAGAUGACCCUUGGGACCCCUUUCAACUCUACAGUUUGAUGAUUCUAUGAAUCCCCAAUGGCACAGUAAAAGAGGAAAUGCAGUCUACUUUUGAAGUAACAGGGACCAUUUUUGUCCCUGCACUUUCACUCCCUUGCAACUAGAUCAUAGGAAUGCAGGAAGCUGCCUUAUCCCAUUGAUUCAUCUAGCUCUGUAUUGGCUACACUGACCACCAGCAGCUCUCCAGGUGCAUUGCAGUAGUCCAGCCUUGAGAUUACCAAUGCAUGCAUCAAAGUACAGUGGUACCUCUGGAUACGAAUGGGAUCCAUUCCGGAGCCCCGUUCGCACCUUGAAGUAAAUGUAACCCGCGACUGCGCAUCUGUGUGUGUGCGGGUAGUAUUUCGCCCUUUCCGCGCAUGCGCAUGACAUCAUUUUGAGCAUCUGCGCAUGUGCAAGCGGCGAAACCCAGAAAUAACGCACUCCAUUACUUCCGGGUCGCUGCGGAGCGCAACCCGAAAAUACUUAACUUGAAGCUAUGGUAUGACUGUAGUGAGUGCAUCCUGGAAUUGCCGUUGCUGGUUUACCAGCGCAAACUGGUCAAAGGUGCUCCUGCAUUAGCUGUCCUUCUGCUUCUUCCAAUGCAGCCUGAAGCCCGUUUUUCUCCACGUGAAAAAUGUUCCUCUCCUUUCCUUCCAUUCUUAAGAGAAACAUGUGCGAGGAAUGUCAACAGUCGGUGUGCAGGGGAGAGCAAGCUAAUGAUAUUUUCAGGACACUGUAACCCCAAAAAGAAAUUGAGCAAUUCUUUCCACAGACAACUUGUUGGAUUUAUGCAAAAGUUCCUGGCAGGUGAAUGUGGCUAUCCUAGCAGGCCUCGUAAAUCUCACAAAACUCUCACUCAGAUUGAGGAGAGGGAAACAACUCCUUGAAUCCUCAGAAGUGCCCUUCUGCAUCAUGUGGUGCCUUGCAGGGAAGCUGGCUUCUGCUUGCAACACAUUCUUCUCUAGAUUUUUUUCUGAAUGAGACCGGAAUGAAUGAGGAUGGGAAAGGAGGAGGGGUUGGGUGAGCAUUCCAGCUUUACUGGAUUAGAUUAAUUGUAUGUUUCAAUCAUGUAGAAGAUGGAUGCUUAAAGCCCUUUAUCAGCAAGCUGCUGGCUCCCUUAUCUGCAGACGUGAAUGAACCCUGUGGGUUAUGCUAGCUUUUGUGUUCAAUGGAUUAAGUAUAUUUGCAAAAAUUGUCAGAACUGGAGAGAAAACAGAUUGUUGAACAUGGCUGAGGCUAGAUCUCUCUCCUUGUGGCUUUGGUUGCAGAUUUUCCAUGGUGAUGGGAUUGUGGGUGGGCCCAGUUGGGAGAAGAAGAAAAAACACAUCUUCCACCAAGAAGAUGACACAAUUUCCAUAGACUUUAAUAACACAGAUGCUGUCUUGGUGUUUGCAUUUCAUGGGGCUGCAAAACAGCCAGAUAGGUGAAUGCAGAGCAGAUAAUGUGGUUGAUUUAAGGAUUGAUAAAUUUUUAAUCUGUGGGGGAGAUAAUUUCUUCAAGGUAUGCAGAUAUAUAUAUACUUAAUGUCCCCUGCUUCCCCCCGCCUUGGCAGGAGUUGUGGUGUGGACACACUUUUCAGUUUCCAUGUACCCUUGUGUCCCUGGAGGUGUAGCACAGAGGAUGGGCCAUUUGCCUGAUGAGGCCUGAGAUAAAAUUGAUCCUUCCAGAAGCAGGAGCUUAGAGUAAAGGUGACAUGGGGAAGGCUUUCCCCAGACCCAAUGGGAAAAAGCCACCCCCCACUCAAAACAAAACCCCUAAGACCCUCUGAGCCUCUGUGCUCCCUUUAUGCAUCACUGUGGGCCAUUCCUCCAUCUCACAUCCCAUAAUAUGAACCUUUCCCUUCAGCUCAGAGGGCAGCUGACACAGCCCUGAGCCCCACGCUGUCGGUGCCUCUGUUAGUGGCAUUCCCCACUCCUGUGCCCAGAAGAACCCCGAGCCCUGUGAAAAUGGGUUAGCCGUCCAGGCACCACCAGCUUCCUGAAUGUGCUCUGGUCUUGGAAACACCAACAUCGACCUUCCCAAGAGGCAAAUUAAACAGCUAAAAGAAAGACCAGGUCACUUGAGAUUCCUUCCUAUGGGAGUUCUUAUGGCAGAGCGAGUCAUUAAUGUGCUGUGUGUGGACUGGGUCAUUUGCGCAGGCAGCAGGAAGUAGUGGAAGGGGCCAGUUGUGCUGCUGAGGCCAGUAGGCAGAUCAUGGGCAAGCAGGGUCUGAGGCCAGAGGUUCCUUGGAAGGCGUGGUGGGAGAGAGCGGGAGCUGGAGAGCCACUUUUUAGUCUGUGGGAGCCCAGAGAGAGCUGCAUGGAGACAUGGAGGGUGGUUGGGGAGGAGCAGUGGGCGUUGGACAGGGUUGACCCAGCUCUUAUCAGAAGAGGCCAUUAACAAUAAACGGGGCCUAGCAUAAAUUCAGUAGCCAGGGUUAGUGGCAGCUGGUGGAGCAUAGUACUCUUAAUUUCAGGGUUGUGGGUUGAAGCCCAAUGUUGGGCAAAAAGUUUCCUGCAUUGUAGGGGGUUGGACUAGGUGACCCUUGUGACCCUUCCAACUUUACAGUUCUAUGAAUCUGUCAUGUUCAAGAAGGGAGGGCUGAACCAAACUGAAGGUCUUCCCAAAUUUUCCUACAGUCACACUUGCAAAAUGAGCUCUUUAUUUUCUCUUCUCUGUAUAAGCUAAAUAAGGAGAAGGGGUAACACUCUGUUUUGUUGUAAAGAGAUCUUUACUCCCAGGUGUCUGAUAAUUAAAAAAUCUUGUUCAGAUAAAACUGAGGAAAGAGCACAGGAAACAGAAGUGUUACCUUUCUUUUUUGUGUAUCUUGCAAGCCUUCGUGCACAGAUGUAUAUUUCAGUUUGACAGAUUAAUUGUUUGUACAAGAAUAUUUUGCAAUAACGUUCUCUUCCUGCUUGUGGUGAUGUUGUGUAUUAUUUAUGUGUUCCCCAUUUUUCUCCUCUUUGUAAGUUAUUUCUUUUCUUUUCUGUAUAAUUUUAAAAGUAAUAUUUUAAAAAUGGGGGAGGGGGUUUCCUAUCAUGCUGUCGAAAAAGGUGCUGGCCAACAUUUUCACCCAGGACUUUUUGCCACUGCUCCUGAAUAGAUGUAGUGAAGGAGGAGGGGGAGAGGAAAGGAAGGAGCAAAACAGAAAGAGAAGGAGAGAAAUAAAGAAAGCAGCUCUACUGAGAAUGGAAGCUUGUGUUCCCUUUUCCUGGGGGCGGGGGGACUGCCAUGGUGUGGCCAGGCUCCUUCACUAUCUUAAAAGCUCCUUGCUAGUCCUUUAUGCCUUUCGCGUUGAUGAAGACGAGAGUGGGGUGGGGGAGGGAGGAGUGGAGAGAUGCUUCAGGGACGUGCACUGCUGUUGCGCAUGAGCAGUGGCCAUGUAAAUAACAUGUUUUCCUAGGGGUUUUCCGCCUGAUUGCUCAGAGCAUGGCCCAGCCGCUUUUUAGCCUGCCACAGAGCUUUCAGCAUCCCCCUAUAAUGGGUGUUUGCCCAGUGGCUAUGUUGUCCCCUUUUGCAGAUGGAGAAUGGAGCGGGAGGAGCAGGAGCAGGAGGACGAGGCAGUCGCGGCUCUGGCCUUGUGAACUGGUCUUCAGUUGCUCGCAAAAAGAACUCAGUUUAGCACCGAGAGUCUAUUCAAAAGGAUCUGUUUUUAAUGCUUUGCUAACUGUUUUGAGGCUCCUUUUGAAAAAUCAUGCUUGAUGCAUGAUCUGACAACCAAACUAAAAGUGGGGAGGGGUGGAGGGUUUUUUAUUUUAUUAAAAAUGUGCAACUAAUGGAAUUCUGCUGAGCAGGAAGUAAACGUUUUAGAGAUGCGUGCACACGCAGUUGUUUCAUAUGCAGUUACAGUGGCAAAGGAUCUGUUUGCUGGUGGGAGGCUUGCAUUUUUAUAAGGGCACCAGAACCUGCCUUAUACUGAACCUGACCACUAGUCUGUCUAGUUCAGUACAGUCAUACCUCGGGUUACAGAUGCUUCAGGUUGCGCGUUUUCGGGUUAUGGAUGUGCUGAAACCCGGAAGUACUGGAACGGGUUACUUCUGGGUUUCGGUGCAUGCGCAGAAGCACUAAAAUCAUGCUUUGCGCAUGCGCAGAAGCGCCGAAUCACAACCCAUGCCUGCGCAGUUGCAGCACUAUGGGUUGCAAACGCUGUGGGUUGCGAACAUGCCUCCCACACGGAUCACGUUCGCAACCCAAGCGCCCACUGUAUUGUCUUCUCCAGUAGUAGCCAACACAGUGUCCUCUAGAUGUUGUUGGACUACAACUCCUGCCAUCCCUGACUAUUAACCAUGCUGGCUGAGGCUGAUGGGAGUUGUAGUCUGCAGCAUCACCACAUUGCCUCCCCUUGAUGCAAACUGACUGGCAAGAACAGUUGCAUCUUUGACAACCCUGCCAGCAGGUGCCGUGAUUAAAUACAGAGACUUUCCGUGUGCAAGGCAGCUGUUUUACCACUGGUCUAUAGCCCUUCCCUUCAAGGUAUAAAGAAACCAGUAUGUUGACUGCCUAGAAGACUCAGAAGUAUUUGUUUUAACACUGAGAAGAUGCAAUGGCAUCAUUAAUUUGAGACAGUUUUCAUUGGCAGGGCAAAGCCUUUGGAUAGGUGCAGAUGUAAAAAUGGUGGAGGGGGAAUAGCCGAGCCCAGGACUGACCUGUUUGGAGCCUGAAGGGCCCUGCCCUGCUUCUCUCCACCUGGCUUGGGGCGGGGCCUGACAGGCUCCAUAAAGGACUGCUGCCUCUGUUGCUGGGCAGAGGGCUCCGUUUUUGUUUUUUUAAAUUGCUUUUAUUUUUUAUCUCUGUCAUUUCAAACUGAGAUAGAUAUUAAUGCUGUAUUCUUAGUUUUAGAUUUUAUGAUGUAUGCGGAAAUUGUUUUCCGUUUGGCUGUGUACUUUUUGAUGUGUUUUAUUUAUUGUUUAUGACUUUUGUUAUGUUGGUAAUUAAGUAAAUCUUGUCAUGUUGUAAGCCGCCUUGAGCAUUGUUUUAACUAUGGAAAGACGGCAUACAAAUAAAAUGAUGAUGAUGAUGAUGAUGUUCAGAGUGCAUUCCUCUCCCUAGUGCAUAAUCACAGCCAGCUACCUCACUGCUGGUAUUGUCAGGAGGGACUGACUGAGUCCCAGGUCAAUCUGAGGCCCAGCCUUUCUAACUUUAGAGGUGCCAGUGCUGAUGGGGAGAGACAGAAGGAGAGGGAGGCCAGUUCUCAGCCUGCAGUGCUGGACAGUUUCCAUUCCCCUCUUUGGCCUGGAUGCAUUUGGGGUCAUGGAUCAGGAAGGAGCACCAGACAACGUUAAGGUGAACCAGGUCAGGGAUAAACUGGAUUCCAGAGAGUCCACCCAAGCAUGAAAGUUCAUCUUUAAGAAAAAGUGGCAGUGAGCCAUGUCCCGCCCUGACCUAUUUAAAACAGCAGAGCGAGAGUGCCUAUUAGCGCAGGCAGCUAAAUGGGAUGGACGCAGCUGGUGGCUGUGAGCAGAAAGGGCGCCCAUUCAUAAUUCAUGGGCCUCCUUGGUUUGUGAAUGAGAAGUGGGAGGGGGCAAUGCCAUGGGAUUGGCGCUGCCGCCGCUCGGGGAUAUGACCUACAUCGAGAUCUAAGGGGCUGUGGGCUCCGUGGGUUCUUUUGAGCCACAGCUUAGGGAGAGCACUGCAGCCGCCCUCAUGUCUUGCUUUUGAACUUCCCAUUGGGGCAUCUGCUUAAAACUAGGAUGCUGGACUAUGAUAGGCAUUUGGCCUGAUCGAGUUGCAGCAUCCUUCCAACACUUACUCUUUCCAGAGGCCCAUUGCUGGGAAUCACAAGUGAGGAGAGCCCUGUUGCACUUAGGUCCUGCUAGUAGGCUUCCCACAGGCAUCUAGUUGACCCCUGUUAUCACAGAAUGCUGGACUAGAUGUGCCUUUGGUCUGAACCAUCAGAACUCUUCCAAUGUUCUUAGGCAAAACAGUGGCAAGAGUGCUGCUGAGCAUGUGCAGAGCAGCUUCCAUCAGCAUGGAGUAACCCAGGUUUCCAAGUUUAAAGGUGUGGUUCCCAGGAUGCUGCUGAGCUCUGGUGCUGUGCGGCUGGACCAGGCAUUUCUGCUUUAUUUCUUUUGGCAAUAGAUACCCUGCUUUUCUUUAGAAACUCAAAGCUGCUUACACCAUGAAGGAAUAAAAACCACAGUUUUAAAAAGCAAAACAAAUGCAAACAUUUAUUUUUUUAAAAAAACAAAACAAAUGUCAAUAAUAUCACAGAGAGCAGCAGCACUCAAUAAGCAAGAUAUAAAAACUAUUGUUUCUCAGCUGAGAGCUUUCUGAAGCAGCGUGUCUUAGCCACAGCCUCAAAAGGAAGAGUGUCAGGGCCUGGCACAGCUUCUUAGGAAGGGCUCUCCAAAAAAUUACCUGCUCCUCGUAGCUCCCCAGUCAGACAAAUUCUAGUUACAUGGCUGCGGUCCAGAGGCGGAAACUAGUGCUGAAUGCAGCUGCCAUCUUGAUAAGUGGGGCAGGGAGCCCAAUGGGACUGUGUGAUUGGCAUUGACCAAAAACAAGGCCUUUGCAGUGGUGAUUCCCUGUCUGUGGAAUGUUCUCCUGGGUGAGGUGCACUGAUCUUCAUUAUGGAAAGUUAAAAACAAUCCUGUUUACUCAGGCAUUUGAUGGCUGGGAGAUAUUAGCUAUGGCAACCCUGGAAUUAAUAACUGUGAGAGUAUCCAGUUGAUUUUUAAAUGCUUUUAGAUGUUCUAAAAGUUUUUAGAUUGUUUAAGAUUGUUUUAAAUAUACGUUUAGUUUACUUUGAAUUGUAUUGCUUUCACAAUUUGCUGUUUGCCGUCCUGAGCUCCUUUGGGUGGAAGGAUGAUUUACAAAUGCAAGCAAUAAAUAGUAAUAGUAAUAAUAAUAAUUAAUUCUGCAUUGGUACCUGGAUCAAGGCCUCGGGCUUCUGGCCUAUCAUGGUUCACCGUGCAUGAGCAUUGUGCUGGUGCAGACUACCUGAUUCCUUCCAGUUCAUUCCCGCAGGGUUCAUUGCUUAUUGCUCCUUGAAAGCCAUAAUCCUUGGGUAGGGAAACUAGGGAAACGGUUGGCUUAGAGUAUGCAUCCUUUUGGUAGUAACAACCCACGACCCCAGGCUUAGACAUAACAGGAAGCCAAGUCUCUCAUGCGAAAAUAUGGGGAACCAGGAAAGAGAGAAACAGAGAAUCCGAAACGGAAAGGGUUGUCCACCCUUAGUAUGAGGCAGCCUCCAGAUGUUCCAAGCAGUAAUCACUAAACUUGGCCAUAGAGUGUAGAGAUCUAGUGCUCAGUGCCACUGUAAAAGAUGCAAAAGUCCACUUUCCUCAACGCAAAGGGAAUGCAAAGAUUUCCUGUCCCCAUAGCAUUAUUACAGCCACAAGGACACUGCUUUCAUAUAGGACUGUAUUCUGAAUGAGUGCUGAUCAGCAUUCCAUUAUCAACUUCUAGUGACUUUAUCUUCAGCAUGGGAGGGGGGGACACUUAGAUUUUGGAGGGAGUCAAAACAAGCUUUUAUCUGCGCAGGUGAUAUUGUAAGUGUCAAGCCGUGCUCCCAGGUCCUUCCAAAUUUGGGGGGGAGAGAAUCUCGGGAGUGAGAAUCAGUUGUUGUCAUGGCUUAAGGAAAAUAAGAGGGAGAGAGAGCAUGUCAAGGGGUGGGGUGCGGGUGGCAUUCCUGUUUCUUUUGUUAGGAACAAAGCAAUUGUGUGCCUGUAAGUGGGGGCAGGAGCUAAGCACAGGAAGGUUUGUGGCUUUACGGCAUCACCUCCCCUUUCCUUGAAUGCCUCCUCCUUCUUCCUCUUCGUCCCUGACAAAAGAGGGUCAGAUGAUAACCACCAUCGGAUGUGAUUAGGAUCAGCUGCUGCAUCCUUCCGUUUCGUUGGCAGGCUGGGGAACAUGGGCUUCUCCACUCUGACUCAUUCACAGUGUGGGCCCUGCUUCCACCUUGGGGCCAUCAAGGCUUCUGUGAAUGGUACAGAGCAAAAGUGACAUCUCUAGCUGGACUCCGUCAGUGCCGGGAAGGCCCAGUGGUGAUGGGAACGUCGGGUAGCCCUCUCCAAUUGCGCCUAUCUGCUACUGGUGGUAUUUGCUUACUUUCAGUGUUGCUGUUCUGCCUUUAUGCUUGAGAGUAGGCUCCCAGGGCAGCUGGCAGUAAGUGAAAAUGGACACAUAAAUAAUAACAGCGCCAGCUUAUGAAUGUCUUCUUUAGCUAAGAGGAAAUGCUACGAAGAAGUGGCAUGGCAGAAGUUUAUGAAGUUAUUCAUGGCAUGGAAAAAGUAGAAAGAGAAGAGUUUUUCUCUCCCUAAAAUAACACUGGGACUUGUGGACGUCCAAGGAAGCUGAAUGUUGGAAAAUUCAGGACAGAUAAAAGGAAGUACUUUUUUCCCACACAGAGCAUAGUUAAACUAUGGAACUCACUCCCACAUGAGCCAGUGAUGGCGCCAAUUUGAAUGGCUUACAAAGAGGAAUGGAGGUAAAAGGCCAUCCUCUUCCCAGGAGAUGAGUGAAUCAGCUUUUCUGACCAAGAGCUCAUGAGAAAAUGUUCAUCUUCAGUGUGCAACAAGUCGCUCUGGAGAUGUCUUCAUUACCUGCUAAAGCCUCUUGUUCCUUGUUCCGCAGGGGGCCCAAUGACCUGCUGACACCCCCAGCAAGUUGCUGUUCCAUCAGUGUCUAAAAGCUGAUCUGGGAUCAUAUGAGAAAUUGUUAGAAGGCUUUUAGUUGCCUUCUCCUGCAGUGUGACAUCAAGGACUCUCUGGCCCUACGUGGGGUCUCUCGCUGAAGGGGGCAAAGGCAGCCAGAGUAGUGGCUGCAGAGGGUCUGGCUUCAGCAGGGUGGCACAAGGAGCACAACUGUGCUGUUGCCAUGCAGAAAGCCGCCUUCCUCCUCCUCCUCCUCCUCCUCUUUCCUCACCCUAAACUCCUGUGUUAACAAGCCAUGGACACAGAAUACAAAAUCAGUGCUGCAGAGUUUGCCUGUCAGCAGCACGCCAAAGGCUGGACUGUCUGUUGAUUUGCUGUUCUGUCACCUGGGGAUGAACAACACAACAUAGGAUUGUUUCUACCAGAAAGGAACUGGGAAGGGGAGAGUUGCAGGCCCCCUCAAAGCAAAUGUUUUCAAGAGCAGAAGGCAUCUUCAGCUGCCGUUUUACAACCGUCCUGGAGAACCCAUGGCUCAAAGACUCUUCCAUGUCAGGGAGAAAGACUGAGAUGGGGAUUCACUUGUUACACAGUGAGAGGCUGGGCUUGGGGAUAUUAUUCCUUUUCAAUAAGGAGCAAGGUACAUGUGCCACGAGGCAGCAAAGCAUUGGAAGGAAAGGAUCCUCCUUGUUUAAAUCCUGGGCUUUGGCACAGCCCUCUGACCAGUUGCUGGGGGCUAACAUCACAGUGCUCUCCUCGUUCUCAGUGCCAAUUCAUCUGUCCUCUAUGUGCAUGCAAGGAGUGAAGAGAAAGAGGGCUUCUCUACACUUACAUUUUGCCCUGCUAUUUCCAGGCACAGCUCUUGAGUUUUAAAGCUCCAUGUCCAAAUGCUCUUCCCUGCCCCCCUCCCACCUUCCCCCUGGAAAACCCGCUUUUUAAAGCAGAAUCAGAGCAAACAUCAGUCCAAUUUUCCAUGGAUUGACGUUUGCUCCAAUUGAGCUUUAAAGAGCGGAUUUUUGCGCGGAAAGCUCUGGGGCGUGCUCAGAGACAGACUUUUAUAUUGCCAGCCAUGCCUGGAAAGAGCAGAGGAAAGGUAAGUAUGGAUAAGCCUUACUUGUUUUGGGUAUCAUUUUCUGUGAAUAAAUACUGUUUUAACUCUUUUUGGAGUUAAAUGGUGAAGAUAAGGUAGGUCAGCUUGUCCAAGGCAGCCACCAAAAACAAAACAAAACCUUUGCAUAUUGGCGAUAACCAACGGGUGCCACUUCCUUCCCAUCCAUGUCAAUGUGUUGUUUAUUUGGGGCCUCAGGAGAAAGGAUGCUGAGCUAAGCAGAGCACGGUUCUGACCCAGCAGUGCAUGGCAAGUCGUGUGUUUUUAUGCAACCCAACAUCAGGGAGCUCCACAGCUCAGCAGUAGAUUGUGCAAAUGGUCCCAGGUUCAACCCUGGCAUUUCCAGAUGGGGUUGAGAAUGUCCCAAACCCUGGAGAGCCAUUGCUGCCAGUUAGCAUAGGCAAAAAACUGAGCUAGGUAGACUAGGGCAAGGCAGCUUUCUCUGUUCCUAAUGAGGCAGGGCAGCAGUUUCAAGCCUUUGCCGUUAUGAGCCUCCCCAAUAAGAACAAUCAGGGGAAGGAUGGAAACAGGCACCACAGGCCCCUUCCCCAGGCCCACACAGCAAGGGUCUCACAGAGCUGGGGAAAAUCUUCCUGGGAGGGUGUGGCUGAAAAGGGAACAGUUUGGAGCGGAACGUUCUGUCCCUGGGAGUCUUUGGGUGUUUUUAAACAACAGGGCCAGAUGGAAGCAGGCAGCAGCGGCGCGGCAGGGUAGCGAGACAGGAAGGAGAAGAAGGAGAAGAAGCUGACGGUGAUUCACUCUUGGCACUGAACCACUUUCCAAAGAAGGAAGGCAGCAGCGUGAGAGAAAGAAAGGGAUGGGCAGGGAGCAAGAGAGGCAUUUAAUCCCUCCUCCUUGGAUCCAGGCUAAGCCACUAGAUCCGGCUGUGCCUUCCUCCUUCUCUCCACCUCUUCAUCGCUGCCACUUGCUUGCCGACGCUGCUUCUCCCCCACCCCAUCUCUCAGCUCCCCUCCCUGGCAAAGACAGUGCAGCUCAGAUGGAUGGCACACAUGCACUUAGCUAAUAAUUCUGUCAUUCUGGUUAUAGUGGGAUGGAGACGGGCUGGCAUUUUAGGGCAAGGAAGGAAAGGGGUUGUGGAGGUUUUUUGGCAGGGAAGGAAGCAAGAGAUCCUGCUAGUUUGGAAGAUGAGGAUCAGCCACAUUCGAGACAAAAUUUGCCAGAGAGCAGGUGUUCUUGUACAGCAUUUGCUGCAAUUAUUUCUGGAAUAGUGGUUGCUAUUGUUAAAUUCGCAAUAACUACCAUGUUGUCAUCGGUGUAGGAGAGUCACCUCUUUUUGAGCUGAAUGGAAGGGACUUGUGCCUUUGUUCGGCAUAUUGUUAUGUGCUGCUGGCUGGAAAGAACAUCCAAGGGUGCACAGCUGACCCAGAUUUUGUUUCCUUGCUGGAAGGUCAAGGGAGGGUGUGUGUUUUUGUUGUGUUUCUUAUAAACAGGUCCUUGUAGGCCUGCUUUUACCAACCUAGUGUUGUCCAGAUAUUUUGGACUAUGACUCUCAGCUUUACUGCAAUAAAAGCCCCAGCCAUAUAGCAAUAUAUACCCAUUUAUUGGUUGAUAUUUGUCACUUAUUAUGAUGAACAAAUGAAGACUCACCAUACAUAGAAGGGGUAGCUGCCCUCUCCAUCCUUCCUCCUUACAUAGUGCCUCUGGAAGAGGAAUAAGGUGACCAGAGAGCUUUCCUGCACAGUGACAUAGCUUUUAAGCUCUCUGUCUUGCUUAAGAGGCUCUGGGAGGCUCUCACAAAAUCUCAUGGGGCCACCUGAGUUCCUGUAAGAUCUCGCUAGAGCCUUUGGUGGGAAAUAAUGGGGGAGGAUCUGAAAUCACACUUGUCAGACACUGCUAUUCAAUGGAUAUUUGCUCAGAAGUAAGUCCCAUUGAAUUCAGUGGCACCUACUCCCAAAUAAAUGUGCAGAGGAGGGUGACCAAGAUGCAGGCAUGCCAACUCUAGGGCCUUUGGCUCCCUCAAUAUUUGUUGGAAGGGGGCCAGGCCCUCUCAACAUUGAGGGGGUGGAAGAGGUUGAGCACAGAGCCAAGCAUGGCGCAGCUUCAGUGGCCGACUCCUCCAGAGUGCUCAGAUUCCCCUCAACAACGUGAUGUGUGUGUGUGUGAGUGAGUGAGUGACGUCACAUGUGCGUGUCGCGUGCUGGACCCCUUCAGUCUUGGGGGUAAUAUGGUGUAUCUGCCAACAUGAUAAAGGGUCUGGAAACCAAGCCAUAUGAGGAAUGGUUGAAGGAACUGGGUAUGUUUAGCCUAGAGAAGAGAAGACUGAGAGGAGAUAUGAUAGCCAGAUUUAUGAAGGGCUGUCAUGAGCAAGCUUCCCCCCCGCCCCCGUCGCUCUGGAGGGGAGGACCCGAGCCAAUGGCUGCAAGUUACAAGAAAGGAGAUUCCGGAUAAACAUCAGGAAGAACUUUCUGACAGUAAGAGCUCCACCUCUAUAAUUCUAUCAUUCUAAGCGUGCAGGCAACCUAAGCAGCUGUAAACAGGUGGGCAUGUACAAAAUAUUUGUUUUAAAAAAACACACACGCAAAACUCUCUAAUCCCUAAGAUUGGUGACUAGGAGGAUGUGUAUUAUUAUUAUUAGCGAUGGCUGGGAUAAGAUGAGUUAUUAGGGGGAGCUCAUUUAAAAUGGGGAGCUCAUUUUAGCUCUGGAAAAGUCUCAUGACAAAGAGAAAAUCAGGUCUGAAGAUAGCGUUUGUUAUGGGCGGCAUAAGCAAAAUCAGGUGAAUACUGGCUGAUGUGGACAUAUGAUGCACCACAGAAUGAGACCCAGGUUUCGGUUCCAAUGCUGCUGCCUUUUAGCAGAGGGCCCUUUGCAUGGAAUCACAUCCCUCUACACACACACACACACACACACACACACACACACAGCUGAUUUUACUGUACAAAGAGCAGAGACAGCAAAGCUGCCUUCUCUGCAAUUUCGUGAAGAAAGAGGAGCUCCCCUCCUACUCCCAGAGCUGCUUUUUUUCAGGCCUCUUGGCAACCGUGCAUGUAUUUCUGGGUUUCUCUCCUCUCUCUCUCUUUCUUUCUUUCUUUCCUUCCUUCCUUCCCUAUGGGGGCUGGGGAUGGCUCUGUGACAAGUUAAAUAGGAGUAGGUGGAACACGAGGGCUGUGCUUUGAAAGAGGUAGAGCUUAAAAUGUCCCUUCUUGCUCUUACACAACUGCAUAGCCAAAUGAGGGCAGGUGCCUGCCUUCAGUAGCCAGGCCUGUUUCCCAAUGGGCAGUGGUUGGAAGGAAGCUCACCAUUCCCGACACCAGUUUCUAACCUCUGCCCUCUGACAUUUGAGGGCGGAAAAUAAGGUGCCACACUUUAUACUAAGGUUUAACUAAGGAAGGUAGGGAGGCUGGCGAAUUGUGUAUGGGAAUGCAAAGAAACACUAAAAGCAAUUGUGGUUUUGAAAUGGAUAGUGUUAUUUGUGAGUUUCAGGCACACACACAAACAUGGCUCAUUGCAUCCGAUGGAAUCCAAACAUUGGCAAAGCCUGUCUCCUCCAUGCUGCGAAACCUCAUUUGUAACCAUCAUGCCAAAUUGAGUGCAGUCAGGCAGUGGCGGAGCAAGCCGAUCGGGCACCUGGGGCAGCGUGUGUGCCCUGCAUCCAGGGACGGGGCCAGCCACCUGCGAGGUGGGGUGAGCUGGGGCAGGAAGCUCUGUGGGGUCUCUGAGGAGUCUGCCUGCCUCCUCCCACUCAGCCACCCUACAGCUCAGGGGGAGGCAGCAGGCGGACCAUUUGGGCACCCAAGCCACCGCGUCACUCCCAGGAGAGACUCAUGGCUUGGGCGUGCUGCAGGCCUCCGCGGUGAGUGCCACCCAGCAUUUUGUCACCCCCCUCAGUGGUGACACCUGGGGCGGCCCGCCCCCACCACACACCCCUUCUUCCGCACCUGCAGUCAGGCCAAAGUCACGUUUUGACCCGCCAUCUUGAUUUAAAAUGGUGCUGGGUGUCCGUACAGACUAGGAGCCCUUGGGCCAAGUCUGGUGGCGAUCUCUCAAGAGGCAGCCAAACCUAUUCUCCAAAAUAUAUAGUAGAGUGGAAGCCGUCUUAGACUAAGUCAGACCAAUGGUCCAUCUAGUUCAGAACUGUGUACUGGUAACAGCGUUCCAAGGUUCCAGGUGAGGGGGGUGUCUUUCCCAUCCCUACCUGGUGAUGCUGGGGAUUGAACCUCUGAACUUCUGCAUGCAAAGCAGGUGCUCUCCCUCUGAGCUACAGCCCUUCCCUAGAAACUGCCUUCUCCCAGGUCAGAUUUCUUGUCCAUGUAGUCCAGUACUGUCUAGCAGCUCUCCAAGGCCUCGAGUCCGUGUGGUGGUGCUUCAUUUCCAUCACCUUCUUAUCUGACCCCUUUAACUAGGGACUGUGCAUGGGACCUCCUGCAUGCAAAACAGGGGCUCUGCUAUAGAGUCUCCUCCCCACAAACAUAAAAGAAUGGAAGCAUCCCUGUAUGCUGCCACCCGAAAGCGGCUUUGCACAGUUGUACUUUCAACAGUUCCAGCCACAUUCAUUACGCAGGGGGGCCCACAACCCUCACUCAGGAUCCUUUGUAAUCCAGGAAAUUAAAGGCUUUGGCUUCAGACCGCAGCUCAGCCGGCUUCAAGUAGAUUUAAUGCACAAGGAUCCCAGAGAUUAUCCUUCUAAUAUCAUGACUAAACAAAGGAACAGCUCAUCAAGAUGGUGUGUUGCUGUACUUAGUGACCCCUGGGUCAACAAGGGGACACCUAGACUUCUGCAGCCAGUAGGGCAUGUCAUUUUAGGGGGUGAAAAGUAAAAUGUGCAAAUUUCUUCAGUGAAAGGUCUUAAAAAUAUGUUUUUGGGUGUGAGGAAUUCAAACCUGCUAUUAUUUUUAUAACUGGACAACAUUUAGUGUGGGAAGUCUAUGUUUAAUGAAGAAGCACAUGAACUAAUUUUGGAAAGCCAGAUGAAAAUGUCAGGUAGUGUCAGAAAAGUAAUAUUAAUAUAGAUUAUAACUGCAAGUACUUGGCAAUCAUUUUUAAUUAUUUCUAUGAAAUUUUACACACAUGUUACUUACCAAACAAAGCUGAAUUAUAUUAAUUUAACCAAAAUAUAUUUUGAAUUCUCAAGUCAUGUUGCAGCUUUUUAGCACCCCUCAGUUUUGAAAGUUGAAAAAUUCAACACACCCUACUGCUGCAGCUGAGCUGAGCUGGGGGCUCCACCAUGUCAGCACCCCCAGUCCUUGCACUCCUGACGCACAGAGGGCCCAAUACAUGUUCAGCCUCUGCCAGUCCACACACCUAGUCAAGUCACGAGGGAGACAUUUGUUUCAGAUUGCAGUUAAAAGUGAACCUGCCAAAUUCACUUUUUUUAAAAAAAAAAGUCCAGUGCAGAGAGAAUAAACACUUAAAAAACAACAACCCAACUGUGUGGAGCACUUACUGCAAUACAGAGGACACAAAGUAUGCAUGUACUUAUUCUUACACAUUUAAAGGAAGAGAAUAUUCUGAAGAGGUCUUGGUGUUGAAGAAGUAUUGCUUAUUGACCCAAUAACCAGUGAGGAAUACAUCACGGGGGAACUAUUUCCGUUAAUAAAGCUUAUGAAGGGAAACCACAUAACAUCAAAAUGGUCUUGUUCCUUUACGUCCUUCAUUAUCCUCCUGUUUUGAGUAAAAUGCUCAAACGGAGCUAUAUCCCGAAUUUUCUCAAAGCAACCCUCUUGAGUGGGGUCAGUAGGCGCUUUCCAACACUGGGUAAUUUCUAUUCUAACCACAGCUCACAAUAAUGCUACCAAUUCUUUAUGUGUAAAUGUGGGAUUUAAAUUGUUUUCCAUAGUCCAAAAACACUAAAGCAUGGUCCAGAAUGGGAGUUUGAUUUGCUAUCUCAGAAAUUUCAGCAAACACAGAUUUUCAAUAAGUUGCCAAUGUGUUACAGCCCCACCACAUGUGAAGCAAGAUGCCUCUAUGACCACAACCUCAUCAGCACAAUGGCAAAGUAUCUUUCUGCACAUGUGACAACCUUGCUGAUGUAACAGAAGUUGCCCUUUCCAAAACAGUAUGUGAAGCAAAACACAGGCAUCUUUCGAAAUUCAUUUUUCUGAAUUUUGCAAUGCAAUUCUCCAGCCAACUAGUGUGUAAAAUAAACCACAUAUACUAGAGCAAAGCCUGCAUGAAAAUGCAGAUUAGUAAAAAUGCAUUAUAUUGUGCAGAAUUGCAUUGUAAAAAUUGUAUAUAUUGGGCAAAAUUGCAUGCACAAACGUGUGUUUUAGAAGAAAUUUACACUAAAACGCUGAUGAAUUUUCAUGAGAACUUUAAAAAAAAACAGCCACAACAACCCACAAACUGAUGUGGAAAUGUGGAGAACUGAAGACUGAAAAAAACAACCGAGAAAUGUAGAAAAACUGAAAUCAAAAGAUUUGCCAUUCACAUAAGGAUGGGCAAAUCAGUCUUUCUGGUCUAUUUCACUUGCAUGUGUGCUCACCAGCAAACCUGCCCCAUUCCAUUUCUGAAUUAUUCUGCAUUUAUGAAAUACUGUGUUUUUCAUAAAUUAGCUCCUGUCUGAACUGUGAAAACAAACCACCUAGCUGCGUCUUAAACCAGCAAUGUGAACGCAGCCUAAAUUUGAAAGGCCGCAACUCAGUGGUGGUGCAUCUGUUCUGUGUGCUGAAAAGUCCUGGUCUCAACCCCCUGCAGCUCUAAAUAGGGCUAGUGGAGUCCACUGCCUGAAACCCCCAAAGAGCUGCUGCCAGUCAGUGUAGACAGUGCUGAGCUGGAUGGCCCAAUUGUCUGCCUCGGCCUAAGGUAGCUCCCUCUGCCCCUAACUUCCGUCAGCCCCACGGAGAACUGGUUUAAAAAUUAAGAGAAGAAUCUUGCGCCUUCUGCACUGAGCAGUGCUAUAGAAACCCUUUAUCAUAAUGAUCUCCUGGGGGGAAAGAGAAGCCUUAGAAAUACCUACUACCGGCGUGGCAUACACAGCGGGGAGGUUGGCAAUCUCUCAAGGUUCCCUUUCCCUUUUCUUUUUUGUUGCUGUCAUGAGAGAGGCAGGAGAGGUUUUUCAACACAAAAGACAACGUGAUGAUGGCGGUGGGGGAACUGUGCCCAAAGGAAAACAAAUCUGGAGUGAGAUUAGAAAAUUGACUCUUUUGGCGACAGGGCCUGAAGUUCUAAUCAGGAAAGAGCCUGCUGGUUGUCAUGGCAACAGCAAUGAUCUUGGUGCCGGACCGGCACAGAAACCGAGAAGGGCGUACGCGGGGGUGGCGCGGGUGUUGUUGUUGCCGGGGAAAGCUUGGUUCUGGGACAGAUUAUGAGUGAGAAAGCCAACAGGUAACAUCUGUAGUUUUCUGCCUAGUCUAAGUCUGGGAGGAGCAGCUGUCACAGCCAUACUACGGCGCAUUUUGGACUACAGCUCCCAUCAGCCCCCAGCCAGUAUAGGACUUGUAGCCCCAAACAAAUGGAGGGCAAAAGUCUGGGCAAAGACCGGCCAAACGAAAGGCUCAUGAGAAGGGCAACCUCUGGAAGUGAGAUGCCAGUUUCCUCCCCCCUUCCCCCCAGCUCAUUGGCAGAGAUGCUUUCAAAGAAUACCCCUCAAAAGCUAAUGGAUUUGAGUAUAAUUCUGUCAGCUCUCCUACCUAGCCCCAUUUGAACUUGGAUCUCUGCAGUUGCUGGGAUUCUCAUGCAACUGGCACUGCUUGAGACAGGUGUACAUAGCUCCUGAAUUCUACAAAGACUUCCCCUUACCGUAAGCUUGCACUGGACCUUGAACCUCAUGAAAGCUCCCCAGUUGUUUAGGCAUGCACACACACACACACACACACACACACACACUGGGACUGUGCCCCUGCUUGCUCCAUAUUAACCCAUUUCUAUGUCUGGCCACUGGUGCUCUGCAACCUGUCCCAUCCCAACUUCAUGCAAUUCAAAAAAAUUGUGAUGCGGCACUACAAAUCCCCCAAUGGAGGCUGCAUGACGACAGCCUUACAUUUUUAUGUAUAGAGGAAGAUCGAUACAAUAGCUGCCGCCCUCGACUAUUGCUUCAGGAGCUUAGGGUGGUGCAGAAUCCAGUGGCCCAAUGCCAAACAGUGGAAUGUCCAAUAAAAAAAAACAGGCAUUAAAUUCACUGACUUGUAGAUUGCUUCUAGAUAACCUGCUUAUUGAGCAUUAAUGUUGAUUUGUUUACACAAGGUUUGCAGGAAGCUUAUCGACAACUUUGACUACUGGAGUGGCCCGUCCCAUUUCACCACAUGAGGAGAAAUGGGAACGGCUGCCUUCUGUGCACCCCUGUGCCUCCCCAUCUCCACCGCGCCUCGGCUCUUACCGAACUAUGUGGGAGCUGAGGCGCUGCUCAAAGUGUUCCUCCUCCACCCAAGGGUAUGGGUGGGAAGCCAAGAAGCAACAUGGCAUGCAAGAAUGUCCCGCCUCCUGCUGAACUCAGUGGGUGUGUCCCAUAAAGCGCUGCCACUCAGCUUCUCUGCCUGGGGGCGGGGAAGAGGAGCAAAAAUGCUGCACACCAGAAUGCCUCCCUCUCACCGCUGCCACCACAAGCAGUGGGAUGGACGGACCACCACCUCUUGCACCUCCGAUGGGCAGGCCAGCUCUGGUUGGCUAUUUAUUGAGCAAUUAUCCUGAUUUGUUUGUGGCUAGGUUAGACAACAUUGCAUCAUGCAAAUGUUAUCCCACACUUUCCAGGGCGUUUCCCCAUCCAUUUUCUUAUCACAAAAAAUCUUAUUUUGUAGGGAGGAAAGUAGUUUGUUGGUGAAGAGCACCAAAACAACUUUAAUUGUGCGACCUGAAAUUGUUGAUAUGUGAUUGAAUCCAAGCUGAAAAUAGUGACCGUCUCAAACCUCCUGCAGAUACAGCUAUAGUUAAUUCUUCCUUCCCUUCUUCCCCCUGUUAGCAUCUGAUGUUUUGUAAAAUGAGAUUCUGGAUGAGGAAGAAGGAUCUUGGACUGAAGAUGAAAUCUCAGUGUCUUGUUUUCCUGCACCCAAGACAUUUCCUGCCUAUUAUUUUCCUGCCUGCCUUGUCUUAAUCAGUCACUUGCCUGAUGCCCUUGAUAGUGUUCCAUUAGAGGUGACAGAUGGCUGGAGAUGCAGCUCCCUCUCCAGAUGUUAAUUAAGUUGCAAUCUGUAAACAUCAUACAUAGACACAGACAUAGUCAGUGUGCAGGCAUCACAUGGUAGAAUUGUCAUCACUAACUAAUCAAAAACAGUUGACUCUGGCCCCUAAUAUCCGAAAGCCUGUUUGAAUCUCAUUGUAGAUAUGUGCUUAAGAUAUGUUCCAAUGUAAGAAAUGGUUGGUUUCUUACUUCUUUCACUAUCCUUGAUUUAUGGGAAAUGGAUUCUAUCACAUAUUCACCUUGGCAAUUCAGCCAGGCACACGGCCAUGAUGCUUCUCUUAAGACACACACAUUGGACUUAAAACAACAACCUCUACAGAGAAUUCACAUUUUUCAGACAGAAAAGCAAUCAGGAAUGUUUGUGUGUGUUGUAUACAGUAAGUGUCCACUUCUGGGAGGAUGUUGGAUGGUGUAUCUACUAUCAAAGGAGUUGCAAGUGGCAGGAACGUUGAAAACUGAAAGUUGCACGUUGUUCUGGAUUUGUGCACCUGGCUCCCCUGGAAACUGAAAUUAGGCAGGGAUUUUUGAGCUCACCAUCCCACCUGCCCCAAGAAUUUGAUCACAAUUUGAAUCCUCUAGUAUAGGGCUAGUCACAUCAUGUUCCUAUUGAAUUUCUCUGAAAUCUUAGAGCCAACUGAACUGAUUAAACCAGAUUGUAUCCAAUUCAGUCAUACUCAGAGUAGACCCACUGCAGUCAAUGGAUUCGACUUAAACUUUAUUCUGUUCUUUUCAGUGGCUCUACUCCCCCCUUACCCCCAAAGGGAGUUUAAAAAAAGUAGCUCAGAUAUUUUAAAGUUAAAAAUUGAAGAUUAAAUAUUUAUCUGGCCCAAUCUCAUUUUGUAAAUGAGAAGAGGGAGAAAAUAGGCUAUAGAGAAAAGAAGAGCUGACAUGAGGAGGAGGAGGAUUGGGAUAUGAAGUUGUCUACAUCCGAAUUUAAAUUAUUCUGUAAUUGCACAAAUGUUCCUUCCAGGACCAGGGAGGAAGAGCAGCAAAGUGUCUCUGAGAACUCACUCAGUGAAUGACCUUUCCACAAUUUCAGCCACAACUGCACAAGCUCACUUCCAGUGAGAUCAUGAGGCUACCUCUUAAGCAGUGAAAGCUUUGUAGGAUAUCUGUUUCAUUCAUGUGUUUAAGGCAUUUAUCCCUUUGUUUCACAUGAGGUGUUCAAGGCUGUUUACAAAAGUUUGAGGACAAAUAUAAGAAGGUACUUCUUAUAAGAAGGUACUUCUUCAUGCAGUGCAUAGUUAAACUAUGGAACUCACACACGAGGCAGAGAUGACCACCAACUUGGAUGGCUUCAAAAGAGGAUUAGACAAAUUCAUAGAGGACUCCUGAUGGCUACUAGCUGUGAUGGCUUUGCUUUGCCUCCACAGCUGGAGGCAGCAAUAGAUGCUGGAAACCACAGGGAGGGAGAGCGCUUGUAUCCUGCUUGAAGGUUUCCUUCUGGCAGCUGGUUAGCCACUGUGAAAACAGGAAGCUGGGCUAGAUGAGCUACUGACCUGAUCCAGCAGGCUCUUAUGCCCUUACGUUACGUUCUUACAUUUAAAAUAAUGAAUAAUUACAAAACCAACAACAAAGAAAAUCACAAAUUUCAGGAGGAGCAGCUCCGCACUGUAUAAUUGCAGUGGAAGGGCAACAGAGAAGGGGCCAGGGAGGCCCCCGCCCCAGAAAGGGAGGCCCCCCAGGAAUGGAUUUCCAAAACUUUGGCACAGCCUCCUUUAGUGAAUAACAGAACAGCCUUCCUCAGCCUCAUGCCUUCCAGAUGUUUGGUAUUACAACAGGGAUGAGAAAUCUCAGCCUUGGGCAGCACAUGUGGUCCCCCUGGCCUCUCUGUCUAGCCCUUGAGACUCUCCCCAGGCUAUAUCCCUCACUAACAGAGUGAAAUCCAUUCUGCGCUAAGGGGAAGUGGGGAAGAGGGGAAGACUCUGCUGUCCACCCAUUCCUAGAGUCCAGAUGUGACGGGUAAAGAGCUCUCGGGUAAAGUCAGAGCUCCUACUGGCAAUUGAAACUGACUAGUCUAAAUGCAGAUGGUGAAAAGGCAGCACACCAGUUUCGUCUUGGCAACCAGACAAGCUGCAUUCUCAAAGCAGAGCCUGAAGACCCUGCUGCCCAAAGGUUGAAAUCCCAACUUGCCUUUGCUUCUCUACAAUUCAGCUUGAGGUUAGUCCGCUUCAGUUCAUUUGCAACACUAUUCUUUGCAGGUUUUGCGUGGGGGUUCCAAAUAUGGGGAGGGGUGGGUACGUUAAGAACAUAAGAGCCCUGAUGGACCAGACCAAAAGGCCCAUCUAGCCAAGCUUUCUGUUUCUUUCUGAAGCCCAAGGAACAUGAGUGCAAUAGUUUUCAUUUGGUAUAUACACAGACAUGAUGCCUCUGAAGAUGCAGGUACUACAGAACCAUCACAAAGAGCUUUAUAUUCCAUGUCUUUGUGUAACCCCCCUAAGCCGGUGGCCAUCUUCUUGCCCUUAAAUAGGAAAUUCUGCAAGUUGAUUGUCAUCCAUAAUGUCACAGGCACUGCCCAAUAGGUACCUGCCAUACUUACAUAAAAGGAUGCUAUGGGGAUGCAAUGGUCUGGAAUAAAGAAUCGUCCUUUAAAACAGGUCUGGGGAAGAGCCUGUGGGGACCAGAUGCUGUGGAGCUUCAACUCCCAUCAGCUCAAGCCAGCAUGGGAAUUCAGGUUCCUCAUCCCUGUUGUAAACUAAGAGGUACCAGGAAGCAGGACUGUUUUGCAUGCAGCCCUGCAACUGUCUCUUGCAACAAGCAUCAAUUAAGCCAGGACCUGCAAGUCAAUUGACACCUGAGUAGCAAGUCCCUGCUGUUUGCUAUUCAUAGCACUUGCCUUCUGUCUGGUGGUUGCAAAGGACCGGGGCAGGUGCGCUUUCCUCUCAAAUUGCAUCAUGCCAGAGGUUGCAAUAGCUGUUUUGCCUUUCUUAAUUAGGGAUCUAGCUAAAGGGCCUGCUCCAGGGGGUGGGCACAGGUUUAACAGAGGAGUUGGGCUUAUCUGUGACAAGCAGGUAAUUUGAAAACCCUCCUUAGAGAGCUAAUUGCGGUGGCUAACAGUUCAUUCCCUGCUUCUGACAUUCUAUUACUGCUUUCAUAAAUCACUGAUUGCAGGUCUUCUGUGCAGAUAGCAACUUGGGGAGGAGAAGGGGACAAAGCACAUUAAGGUAGAUAAGAAUCGUCUUAUUGGGGCUGCAGGCAACUGAUGGACAAGUAUCUCUUUUUAAUGAACACAAGAACAUCAGAAAAGCCUUCUGGAUCAGGCCAGCGCCCCAUUUAGUCAAGAAUCCUGUUCAUGCCUGUAGUAAACCCUCAAGCAGGACCUGAACAUAAGAGCCCUCUGCCUCUUGUGAUUUUCAAGAACUGUUACACAGAAGCAUUGCUGUCUCCAACUGGAGGCAGAGCAUAGAGAAAUGGAGAGGAAAGAAAAACUGACAUAUUCACCUGUCUCCAGUCAGGAACAAUUCACACUACCAACUACCACCAUAAAAUAUUUUGAGAGUUGUUCUGUCCCCUUUCCAUUCUUUUCCUGCAUGCACUUAAUGGUGUCAAAGGCCCAUCAGAUGGUCUUUCCUUCUUCUCCUUUGCUUCUUCAUCUAUUACAUGACUACAAAGACCACUGGUCUCUGACAUAAUACAGAACUAGAUUUAUCUGCAGAACACUGGGGAUUAUGGGAUGUGUAUGUGCAGAAGUGGGUAGGUCUUCUGUGCAUUCCACAGAAGUGGAGGAUGAACCGAGACAGGAUAACAGGCAACCCAGAUAAAACUAUGAGGCUCCAGAUCAUGUAACUGGCAGCAAAUCUCCCUGAAAUAAAACCUGCCACGGUGAUGCAUUAAACCGUUAUCAUGGCCUCCUCUCUCAUAAUUUGACUUCCCUGCAAGGUUGCCAGGCCUUGGGAAGAAAAGCAGGUCAGGGGGUGGAGUGAAAAGAGAGUUUGCCUCUGGGAGUUGAUGGAGCUGUCUCCCCAGCCCAGGAGAAAUGAGAUCAGGACGAGACAAUGGAGAGCUGAUAAAGCAGUGGCUGGGCUUGAUGAGUUGCAAGUUUAAAUGAACUUCAGUAUAGAACUUCUUGCUUUCUCUGCAGAACCUGAACAGCUCUGGUGAUGUUCACAGAAUGUUCAGAACACAGAACAGUUCAGAAAGAGCCCUGCGCGCACACACACCCUUUUCUUUAAAGAAGAGUCUUUCCUGCUGAUCUGUCUUCUAGCUACACCUGUAACUAAUCAUUUUACAAUAAAUAAUGAAGUGAAAGUCUUUGAAAUGGCCUGUUAAGAUAUUUAUUAAUGAUUUAUGUGUGCCUCCACUGGGAAUAACAGAGGCAUGUACAGAAGCGGCCUGUUGAAUUAGGUUGAUUUGCAUUGGUGCCACUGGGAUAAUGGAAGCCUUUCACAUCUCCUCCAUUUCCCCCAAGUCUACUCUAAAGUGGCUGCACCUUAGAACAGAAUUGUGGUAUCCAAGUAGUUUACAGGCCCUGACUACAAUGGGAUCUUGCUGUGGAUGCAAAGGAAGAUUGGAGAGCACACUUUGAACAACCUCCUGGGUCUUCCUUUGCGGCUACAUUUUGAAGUCUAAAUCAUAUUCAUAUGAAGCCAGGCUGGUGCUGGACUGGUAGGUGACCUUGCCCACCUGUCACAGUGCCCUGUGGAAGCUUAGCCAUAUCAUGAUCUCUAGCCCUUUUCCCAGAUCCUGUUCAGCAUCCCUGGUGUCGGGUAAGGGUCAACCAGGCCUGGUGCCCGGGACAGACAAUGUGAAACGUGACCCUAAGCCAACCCUGUAUUUUAUGACUUAAAAAAUUAACAGCAGUUGUAAUGCAGUGAUAAACAAGUGCAAUUCUAGGAUUGAGUAAGGCUCUGUUAGUGAAUAUUCAUGGGUUGUUUUCAGGAGGUCUAAAUGAGCUGCUGACUCUGGAACUGGGAGAACUGACGGUAGCUGGUGCUUCCAGCUUUCAAAUUCUGAUAAAAUUUCUGCAGGAUUUAACUCACCCCCAUAUUUUAUCGCCAUUUCCAAUCGCCUAACACAUUAUUAAAAUAAUUAAAUUUUAUUUCCGUAAAUAGUGUGUAGAACAGAAAUUGUGAUUUUGGUGCUCCCUUGAACCAGGCCCCUGCUUGCCCCACCCUAGUUCUGGCCCUGGGGUCAAAACAACCCAUAAUAGUUGCGUCAGAAGAGGGAGUUUUGGCAGGUGCUGCUUGCCAGAAGCUUUGUCUGCCGAAAUUAGUGGUAGGCUUGCAUCCACCCUUCGGAUCCUGCAGGCAGCAGGGAAAGGAACCAAGAGACUCUCCUUCUUCUGCCACUUGCUGAAUGGGUUCCUCCUCCUGAUGCUUAAAGCCGCAGAGAGAAGCCAAGAAGUCUGCAGUGGCAAUGAAUAAUUCACUCGCUGCCUGCGUCCUCCAGAGACAGCCUGGAGAAGAGAGAAGCUACUUUCCCAAUCAAUUGUUUCCAGACAGAACCUGAGAGCAGAAGGGGGUUGCUUGCCACAGAGCGAGGCCAGAGGCAAGGAAAGGCCUUCCCAGUGCUCUCCCAGAGAUAUUGAUCCCAAGCUGGGUGGUGUCUGUGCUGAGAACCCAUUGCCUUUCCUCCAUUAGCACUUUAGUUUGUGGAGGCCAUCUGAUACCCUUUGGGGAGCCUGACUUCAUCGCAGAGGUUGUAUUUCCCUCCCCUUCCCCUGUGUGGGGAAGGGAUUCAUUUCAUCUGCCUGAUCGAUCAGGGGGCUGUGCUUUCUCCCUCCUUUGGCGUAGCCAGUUCUUGCACAACUUGCCAUCUGAAGUGCACAAGUAGGGGUGAAUUUGGAAGGGUUCCUUGUUGCUGAAACGUCUCGCUGAUUGUGGGUUUCUCUUCUCUCCCCGCACCCUCCUUUUCGCCUUUCGCUGCAUCGUUUCCAAGCGAGCUCUCCAGGAAAAGCAGAUGACUUUGUCGAUUUGGCUCUAGUAAGCUCCCCUGCACCUGUUGCCUCCUGGAGGCAAGGGGACCUGUCUCCAUGGCAACUGCCUGACACCACAAAUAGAUGCUUCAACAGGGAAAGUCUGGCAAAGGUGGUCCACCGAGGCCUCUCGGCUUCGCCUGGUGAUAGUGCCAAGACACUGGGAUGUCUCAGUUGAGUCUUAUGUAGUUUGGAUUGGGGAGGGGGUGUUCCUCUCCUCUAUUUUUUAUACCAUGCAUGAUCAUAAGUGUGCCUGAGGCUUGUGUGCUCUCUUUUCCCGCUCUGUCUCCACUGUAGCUAUGACUCUUCCUGCCUUAAAGUAGCAAGGGUUAUCACCAUGCCUAACCCUCCUUGUUAGUUUAAACUUGGGUUUGUUAACAGGCCAGGAGCAUAAAACAUUUAUUGAUUCCGGCUUGUUGCACCAAAUCGUAGUUGAAGCUAACUGUGUCCCCCAGGUUCAGAUAAGACAAUAAACUUCACUUGACAGUGGCAGAGGCAGAGGGAUGAGUGCAAGCCUAUAGCUUGCUUCUGCUCAUUCAUGGUGUGCUAAACCAGGGGUAGCAAACAUGGUGCUCUCCAGAUUUGCUGGACUACAACUUCUCUCACCCCCCACCGUUGGCCAUGCUGACUGAGGCUGAUGGGAGAUGAAGUCCAACAACAGUGGUAACCUACUGCAGUGCACUGUAGGUGGAACUACCCUUGAGACUGGUCCAGAGGCUGCAGCUGUUGCAGAAUGUGGUGGCUAGGUUGCUUCCGGGGGCAAAAUGCUGCCACCAUGUGAUGCCCUGCUUUACAUAUGCUGGCUGCCAAUCUGCUCUUGGCACAAGUUCAAAGCAUUGGUAGUAACAUAUAAGAUCCUAUACAGCUCAAGACAAAGUUACUUGAGAACCCUCAUAAGGCUGCUGUAGUCUGCACAAGAACUUCUCCUGCGUGUUCCAAGGACCUCAGAAGUCCUCUCUGCAAUGACUCAGAGCAGGGCUUUCAGUGUGACUGCCCCUGUUCUGUGGAAUAGCAUUCCUACUGCCUCUCUCCCAAAGCCUUUGAAAAGCACACUUUGCACACCUCCUCUCUAUUAUCUGGGAACUGAAACUGAAAGCAGUUGUUUGAGCAUCCCAUUUCCCAGAGGAUUAGAAGGGCCAGUGAACUGAUGCUUCCUCUAGCCAUGAUGAUCUCCAAGCCUUCAUUAAGACAGAAAGCUAGGGAAGAUGUCUCUGAGGAAUCUGGGUUUUCUGUUGUCUGCAUGUACACAGACACAGACAGACAGACAGACAGACAGACAGACAGACAGACAGACACACACACACACACACACACCAUGCUAGAUAUUAUCCUGCAAUAAAGUGCAACUUCAAUGCAUUGCUUACAUCAAGAAAUGUCCAUAUGGAUUGUUUACACAGUCAUCCCACCAGAGCAAAAUGCAUUGUAGAAGUUAUACACUUUUAUUAGAAGCCCACGUUUAAUUUUUUUUGCAAAGGAAUUAACUGAACCAAUUAAGAUGUGAAUGCUUUCAGCAUCACUUUUAACACAGCCAGUGUAUGUGCUUCCUUCCAACAUCCCCUGACAACCUAUUCCUCGUUAUUGGUCACACAACAAUAAUUAUCUUGCUGAUCUCAAAGAAAAACAAAUAUGAUCUGAAUGCCUCUAAUGGUGAUUUGUCUUUUUACGGACGAACUGUGUGUUGCCAAGGUAGCAAGCUUUUCAGUCGCACAAAAUUAUUAUUUAGGCAUGACAAGUGAAGGCUGCAGCAAAAUGUUGCAGCUUGGAGCACUCCUGCUCAGAAUUCCAGCCUACCAGCCAUGCAAUUGUUCAGAAUAUCCCAUUUCAUUCUUCCUCCUCACUGGUUUUAUGCUUUCCCCCUCCUUCAGCAACACUCAGCACCAUUCCACCUGCUUGGAUGGCUUUAAGAGAGAAUUGCACAAAUUCAGGGAGAAGAAGGCUAUCGGCAGCUACAAGCCCUGAAGGCAUUGUUUUGCCUCAACUGUUGGAGGCAGUAAUGCUUCUGAAUACUAGUUUCUGGAAACCACAGGAAAAGAGAGUGCUCAUGGGUUCAGGCCCUGCUUGCAGGUUUCCCACAGGCGUCUGUGAAAACAGGAUAGAUGGGCCUUUGGCAUGAUCCAGCAAGCUCCUCUGAUGUUCAGUGUAAUUUUCCAAUAGGAUCACCCUGAACCAUUUUGGAGUCGCAUUGUGCACUGAAAAAGGUAACUGGUGCAGGUGAAACCUUUUUCUUUAUUUCUUUAUUCCCCAUUGCAAGGAUAGAGAAAUUGUGCAAAGGGAUACGGAUAAAAUAGGUUGAAAUGUUGCCCUAUCAAGAUCCCAAGAGCAGGGUUAUACAGAGGUACCUCGGGUUACAAACGCUUUGGGUUACAAACACUUCAGGUUACAAACUCCGCUAACCCGGAAGUAGUACCUCGGGUUGCAAACUUUGCCCCAGGAUGAGAACGGAAAUCACGCGGCAGCAGGAAGCCCCAUUAGCGAAAGCGCACCUCAGGUUAAGAAUGGUUUCGGGUUAAGAACGGACCUCUGGAACUAAUCAAGUUCGUAACCUGAGGUACCACUGUAUUAUAUACGUGAACAUCCGCUGAGCUACAGGGUGAAGCGGUAAAUUUGAGUCUCUUAAAACAGGAACUAAAUGCUUUUAUACACACACACACACACACACAUUCCUGCAGAAAACUAAAUGUCAGAGAGAACACUUCCACCUACAAGCUAGCUUUCUACUUGUAGGACACAAUCUCUUCCCCUCCCCUCCCCUCCCCUCCCAGUGAGAAGCAUUUCCAGCCCAUGAGCUCCCAAGUGAUGUGUACAUUGGAGACACGCUGUGAGCACUAGACCUGGAAAUUGCACCACCAAUUACUCUGCAGUGGAAGGGAAUAUUCCCUUGCUGUAGGAAGAUUGAGAAGCAUUUCUCAAAUUAUACCUGACUGCAUAUUUACCUGAAAGACAGCGUGGUUUCCAUGGAACCAGCCCAAACCUCAGAGGGAAACACUGGCCUUCUAUGGGAUGGAGUCACUUGUGCUUUAACUCCUUCACAGCCUAUGCACUUUGAAGAUAUGAACCAGCAAGACGGAGGGGGUCUCUUGGCAUAAGUGUGAGCCCCAAGUUUUGUUGGUGCACAGCCAACUGUGAUCAGUCUGUGCACAUUUACUGCUAUGUGCAGGAUGUGGUUCUGGCAUGCUCCACAAAGGUUGCUUUUCAAGCAUUUGUGGUGGGGUGCCGGAAGCUGGCACUUCAGCUUUGUGGGGGCUGGAAGGAAGCGCGGCUCAGGGGCUGAGCACCUCUUUUGCAUGCAGGUCCCAGGUUAAAGGAGGGCAGGGCUAGGAAGGACCUCUGUUGUGCACUCACCCUGAGAGUGUCACAGUCUGGUUCAUGGGUGAUCGAAGUCCCAGCAGGGGACGUCAGGACCAGGGGGCAAGAUGGCAGGGUGGGAGCAGGAACGGGGGUCUAGGAGUCAGGAAGCCAAGAGUCCAAGGGUCAGAGAGCCAAGAGUCAAGAAGCUGAGAUUCAAGAAUCAGGAACCAAAAAACCAAACACAGCAAGGCAGGAAGUGUGUUGCUGUGGCAAAGAGCCAACGGGAAAUGCUGACCUUAUAUCUCUUCCCAGCUCUUGCCACCAGGUGCUUUGAGUUACCAAUUGGCCUCACCUGUGAGGCCGUGCCUUGCCUCUUCAGAACAAACUUAGGAAAGCCCAAGUCCUGCAAAGUCCUAUUAGUCACAGGGCCUGGCUCCUGCGUGUAUACCUGACAGAGGGAGAGGGCAAGGCAAACAGCUGCAUCUCCUUCGCCAUUCCAUGGCCACGUUCACAUUUGCAUGGCAUCUUAUGGGGCUGAUGGGAAUCAUAGUCUGAAGCUACUCGAUGGCCCUUGGGGUCCCUUCCAACUCUACAGUUAUAUGAUCUGGAGGACACCAGGUUGGGAAAGGCUGGCAUAAACAAUGGCCUGGAUUCAAUAGAAGGCAGCUUCUUAUGUUCCUAUGUAUAAGAUUUUUCUUUGACUUACAGGCAGUGGGGUGUGUGUGAGAGAGGUGGAUUGGGACCAUAGUACAGAGAAGGGCCUAACUCCUUGCCUCUGCUACAUCACUGAGCAGAACAUAAGAAGAGCCAGCAGAAUCAGGCCAAUGGCCCAUCUAGUCCAGCAUCCUGUUCUCACAGUGGCCUGUGGGAAACCCGCAGGCAAGAUUUGAGCAUCAGAGCACUCUGUCCUCCUGUGGUUUCCAGAAACUGGUAUUCAGAAGCAUUACUGGUUUUCCCACUGUGGAGACAGAGCACAGCCACCAUGGCUUGCAACCAUUGAUAGCCUUAUCCCCCAUUAUUUUGUCCAAUCCUCUUUUAAAGUCAUCAAAAUUGAUGGCCAUGACUGCCUCCUGUGGGUAGGAGCAAGUUCCAGAGUUGUCCUGAGUCUUCCAAGAUUCAUCUCCAUUGGGUGCUCAGUCACUUCAGUUGCCCUUUACUGAACCUUUUCCAACUCUACAAUAUUCAUUUUUAGCUGAGGUACCCAGAACCAGGGGACGUGGGUGGUGCUGUGGGUUAAACCACAGAGCCUAGGACUUGCUGAUCAGAAGGUCGGCGGUUCGAAUCCCCGCGACGGGGUGAGCUCCCGUUGCUCGGUCCCUGCUCCUGCCAACCUAGCAGUUCGAAAGCAUGUUAAAGUGCAAGUAGAUAAAUAGGUACCGCUCCAGUGGGAAGGUAAACGGUGUUUCCGUGCGCUGCUCUGGUUCGCCAGAAGCGGCUUAGUCAUGCUAGCCAUAUGACCCAGAAGCUGUACGCCAGCUCCCUCGGCCAAUAAAGCAAGAUGAGCGCUGCAACCCCAGAGUCAGUCACGACUGGACCUAAUGGUCAAGGGUCCCUUUACCUUUUUACCCAGAACCAGACAAAGCAUUCCAAAUGUGGCCACACCAAAGAUUUGUAUAGUGGCAUUAUGAUACCGGCAGUUUCAUUUUCAGUUCCUUUCUUAAUGAUCCCAAGCAUGGAAUUUGCCUUUUUCACAGCUGUCGUGCACCAGAAUCCCCCCUCUCCCCUCCCUCAUGCCUGCUCUUCUCAGUGCCUGCUCUCCUCCUUGCAAUGAUCUUGUGCAUUUGCAGAGUUCUCCAUCUCCUGGUGCGAGGUCAGUGCUUGUGCCUCCACGGAUGUAAGGAGAAAGUCUCUUCCGUUGCUCCUCAGAAAUAAUCGUCUGCCUAAGGCAGCUUUUGCUAUUAGUGUGAUGUUUAUAUCAAAGGAAGAGAUUAACAUCUUAUUCUGAUAGUUUUUCCUGGAAGACUGGAGGAUGCUUAUUUUGGCAGGGAGACGUACAUCAGCCCUCACGAAAAGCUUGUUGCCUGGUUAACCAUAGCUGCUCCGUAGCCUGAGUCCCAGGAGGCUGGCUUAAGCCCUGGUUAUGACGACUUCAAAUUAGAGUCUCUUGUUCGCUUAGUAAUGAAAUCCAGCUAAUAAAAUAGGUUACCUUUAGCUACUUGCUUAUGGUAAAGAGAGGAUACCCCAUGGUUACUAGUUCAUAACAAUUCAUUAAUACUACCCCCAUCACGUGUAUUAUAUUAGUUCAUUCUCACCACAAAGGAUCAUCACUUGUAGUAAUUGAACAAUUAAGAACAUAUAAGAAUAUUCUACCUUAACCCAUCAUAUGCUGUUCCUCUGUCAGAGAUACAGUGGUACCUCUGGUUACAAACUUAAUUCGUUCCGGAGGUCCGUUAUUAAGCUGAAACCAUUCAUAUCCUGAGGUGCGCUUUCGCUAAUGGGGCUUCCCACUGCGCUCGCACCUCCGGCGUGUGAUUUCUGCUCACGUCCCGGGGCAAAGUUCGCAACCAGGAGCAGCGACUUCUGGGUUAGUGGAGCUCGUAACUCGAAGUGUGCGUAACCAGAAGCGUUCAUAAACAGAUGUACCACUGUACAGGCACAAAGGGUUCCUGGAUAGCUCAGUUGGUUAGAGCGUGGUGCUGAUAAUGCCAAGGUUGCAGGUUUGAUCCCUGUAUGGUACAGCUGCAUAUUCCCGCAUUGCAGGGCAUGGGACUAGAUGAUCCUCAGGGAUCCUUCCAACUCUACAGUUCUAUGAUUCCAAACACGGAGCCUUUCUACACAUGCACAGAAAUCUUAUGGUGUUGAAGUAAGGUCAUUUCUUUGAAUAUUCUCACUUAUAAAAGCUCUCUGCAUGUAGACAAUGGUGUGUCAGGGAGGAGGGUUCUAGGUAGGGAUGUGAAAAGGCAGAAAUUUCUUUCUGACCUGUAUCCUUCACAAUCAACUCUGCUUCCAUUCUGCUGCAGUUCGGUUUCUGCCAACUGCUAUGUUAUUCAUCUUGCUAUCCUCUUUUUAAUCUAAGUUAUGGAAAAGAAAAGAAAAAGAUGUCAUUAAUUACAUAGCAUUUAUAGACGUAAGAAGAAGAAGAACAAUCAUGUGAAUGAAUACUGAUCGUAACUUGCUUGAUCAUAUUUCCAUUCCUAACGGUAGAUGAACACACAGACUGCAUCAGUUUCCACUUCCUUUCCUGUUUUUGUUGUCCAGCCUUUAUUCAGCAUUCAUUCUAAUUUGUCUGUGGGAUAUUUACAGUAUAUGGUUUCCCAUUAAUCAUUCAUCCUUCUCAAACUUUUCACUGCUUUUCCUUGACACUUUCCUACCACAAAAGUCCUUUUUAAAAAAGUGGAUUUGUUGCCCUUAGGCAAGAGACCACUUUAAUUGUGCAUGGUUAAGUUUCCAGUACGUGCCUGAACCUGUCCUGCAAAAUACUGGCAGUCUGGGAGCACCCUGAAUUACAAUACAAUGGAGAGGACUAUCCCUUUGAAAUCAGCUCAGUCAGAGAAUGCCCUUCUUUGAGAGAAAGUGGUUUGGGAAAGACCUGCACCAGUGAGUUCAUGCACAUUUUUGUGGGGAGGGAGUUCUGCUCUCUGGGACUACAGCAAAAAAGAAUUGGCCAUCCUUGCCCAUUGAACUGACCAAGCCAGCAGUGGAUAUGCAGACCUCUGAGACAACUCUUAAUGCCUAGGCUGGCUCAUAUGAGUAUAGGCAGCCCUUCAAAUAACGGGCCCCAAACAAUAUAAAUCUUGCGCAAGACCAGCAUUUUCAACUGGGCCCAGAAAUGCACCGGCAGCCAGUGUGACUAAUACAGAACUUGUGUCACUUGCUCCAAUCACUUUGCUCCCACCAAGUGACAUUCUGCACCAGCUGAAGUGUCCAGACCAUCUCCAAAGGCAGCCCUACACAGAGCACAUUACAGUAAUAGAUCCUAGAUAUGAUUAGUUUAUGGAUUAUUGAGGUAAGGUCCAAUCUUUCUAGAUAGGCAGCUGGGUAUCAGCUUAUGCUAGCAAAAGGCAGCCCUAGGUACAGACAGCUCUUUCACAGACAGCACUGGAUCCAGGCUGAUAUAACUGGUCCUGCAGGGGAAGUGCAACCCCUCUAAGACCAGUUGCACCCCGCUAUCCAGAUCAGCUGGCUCCCCCGCCCACAGCACCUACAUCUUGCCUGGAUUGGGUUUCAGUUUGCUUGCCCUCCUCUAUUCCACAACCACCUCCAGAUGCCUGUUCCACAGCUUCCCUGGGAUUCUCAGGUGAGCAAGGGACCUUUCUGUGGUGCACAUUCUUCCUGUUUAUGGGACACCAUGUAAGAUCUGGAAGGAGUAAUUCAGCAGCAUUUUUGUCCUGCCACUGGAGACAACAGCAAGGAUGGUGUCUGUUCUUUGAUGCUUUGUGGACACCUGCUUUAUUUAAAGUUGUCUUCUGCUACUCAGUGUGGCGGGUGCGUGAAGCGGGUGAAAAGUGAUUAGACAGCAUGUACAUGUCAUGUCAGAGAGCCUGCUUUACAAGGAAAAUAAAAGCAAGCAUUUAACAGGGGAAUUAGAAAGAUGAGCUAACGCACAUUCUAUACGGAGGGCCUAUAUGAACGCAGGCAGCUGAUAAGUGCUUUGUGCAGCAAACACGCUUUGCAAGUGCUAAACGGAUUACUUGCAUUUAUAUAGGGUGCUUAUGCUUAUUAUAAUGAAGCUGAAAUAUAUACAGAUUGCUAUCUUAAUUCUGCAUUUCGCUCCUUCUGCUUCCAAGUGCCUUGCUGCGUAUUACAGUCACACCAGAAAAUUCCCAUAAGGCAGAUGAAAAAUGUGGGUUUUAUACACUGGGCCUGUUUUAAAAGGAAAGGUUCCAAAUUAACACCCUUCCCCUCAUAGGCUUGGCACUAGUUUGUCUGUGGGCGCUGAGCAAGGAACUUUCCCUCAAACUGGGAGAGGUUCAAGGUGGCUUUUCCCCAGAGACAAGGACUGACAGCAGGGGCUCUGUGUGAAGCCAAGGCAACCAGUGGUGAACAGCUGGAAUUGUAAAAGGAUGCUAAUUAGACUAUUAUAUUGCAAAUGCAAACAGUUCCAUUGCUCAGCUUGGAGGAGAGUGGUAUCCAGGGUCUUGUGGGCUCUCUUCCUUCUUCUCUUCUGGUGGCAUUUCACAUAUCUGGACUGUCAGAGGCAUCUUCCUCCACCUUUUCUCUAGCAUCAGUAGGUGUUUCUUCCGCUCAGCAUGGUCCAUUGUUUCCAGAUUCAUCUUCCCAGAGAUCCACAACAGGAUUCAAUGUCCCCUUUCAUGUGCUGGCAAACAACUGAGUUCCCUCUCUCCCCUUCUUUUCCUCCAUCGCCAUCACCCUUAUCAUUUAUGCAGUGCAUUUCAAGUUUUCAAAGCAUCUCACCAUCCUGUAUAGAUUGAUAUAGACAGAGAAAUAUAGAUUGAUUAACUGCACUUUCAUAAGUAACAUCACAAGGCGGUAUAUGGAAUAAAAACACAGCAUCGCAGUCAAGAACACUGCCAAACACAUCAGUAAGAGCUAGUUGGCAAAGAAUCUCAGGCUUGAAAGGCCUGUCUGGAUCAUUAAGCUUUCAGAAGACGUCUGGAAAUGAGUAGGGAUGACUCCUGCUGCUGCCCAACCUCUAGUGGCAAGAAGUUCCACAGGACAGGGCCUACCACACCAAAGACGUAGACCCCUAGAAAGGUUAGCCAAAUGUCAGUGACAUGGAGGAGCACCAAAGGUUGCCCUCAGAAGACCUCAGUGUUCAAGGUGAAGCAUUAGGAGUAUAUUAUCAUGGUGAUGCUUAUGCCACCCUUGUAAAGUAGACCAGCAGCCUAAAAGUCCAGCAUCUUGUUCUCGCAGUGGCCAACCAGAUGCCUGCAGAACCUGAGCACAACAGCACUCUGCCCUCAUGCAACUCCCAGCAAUUGUUCUACAUCCCCUUCUGCAAAGGUGGAGCUAAAGUGGAGAAAAUAGCAACCUAACUACAGUCUGCCUAACUGUAUGGAAAAUGGCCAAAAUAUUUUAAAUCUGCUCCCCCUCAGCUCCACCCCCAAAUUAUUUUUAUUACUGCUUGGUAGCAGGGCUGCCUGGAGGCCACUGCAUGUGAACAAGGAUUUUGUAAGAAUGUGGGAACUGGCAGUCCGUAAUCACUGCCCACUCCAAGUCGUCAUUCCCAAGUACUGUAAGCAUGACCCAAGGCUCCUCCUGGAACUAACAUGAAGGGCUUCUGCUCUCCGGUUUGUUCUUUUUUACAAGAGCCAUCUGUGAGCACCAUGCAGUGCCCCUAUGAAGACACCUUCUUGCGACCCCUGAACCCAGCCCCUCCCAGCGCCAGGCCAUUGUAAGGACUUGCUGGCCUUCACUCACAGUUCCAGAGCUAAGAAGAACAGAAGGAUAUAUAAGCCCACUUGGCAACUCUGACCGGCUGAACUGGGACUGUUAUGGGGCCCAUGAAAUGCUCACUGUGCCUUUGUAAGAAAUUCACCUUUUAGUGCAGCACUGUCCACACUUUGGAACUCCCUGCCAAUUGACAUUCCCGGUCCGCUUUUUGACACAUAUUCUAAACCCCUGUUUUGUUUAGGGAAGCCUAUCCAGACCUGUAGAACGUUGGCCUGUGUUUCAAUCUGGGAUUUUCUUUUAGCUUAUCUGAUAAUGCACUAUAGUGUAAUUAUACAGAAUGAAAGUGAAGUCACUGAAGAAAGGAGAUCGGGAGGGGGGGGAGGAGGGGAGGAAAUAACUUGCGGACCCAAUCAAUUAUUAAGCUUAAAACAGCAGCUUUUUUCUGCCACUCUGGGAGAAGUGCAGAAGAACCACCUUGUGAAAGCCGAUUUGUGUCCCAGGAGAGGGAGGGGGGGUUGAAACCGUCAGUCAGGCUGUCAGUUUCAACAAUGCUCUCUCUGCUUAUUCCUUUGACGUGGACAUGGCAAGGGGCCAAAAAGGGACUGGAUUUGCUUGCUACUCACUGCUCUUUCACCCAGAAGGGCUUGCAAAGGAUCCUCUCACCUCCAGCUUGCACAUACACAUCCCUCCAGCCAGCUAUAUCUCAACUGUUGUAACCUAGGAAUAAAUGCUCGUAUUCUUUUUUAUUGUGAUCUAUUGUUAGCUGCCUUGAUGCAGGGCCCAAGCACACAUAUUGUGUGCAUAUGGGCUUUUCUUUAUUUAACUAUGCUUGUGUGGCUGUGUGUGUGUGUGUUCAUAAAUAUUCAGCUGGACAUUUCCUGCACCUGAUCAAGUAGACCCUUGUCUACAGGUGGUUAUGCUACAAUAAAUGUGUUAAAUGUUAAGGGGCCACAACCUAUUUUUUAAUUCUUAAAAAUCAAGAUACAACCCCACAGGUAGAGCUGUAAAUAAACCUUGAUUUUACACUACUUACCUUUCUCCAGAGAACCUUGGGGAUUUCAUUGAAGGUGCUAAGAAUCCUUUGCUACAGGGGUAGCCAAUAUGGUACCAUGUUCUGGGCUCCAACUCCCAUCAGUCCCAGCCAGCAUGGCCAACAGUUAGGUAGGGUUGCCAUGUGUCCUCUUUUUCCAGGACAUGUCCUCUUUUUCAGGGGUAAAAUCUGAGACAAAUUGCAUUUGUUUGCUUUGAAUGGCAGUUACAGCAUCCCCUUUUUUGCUCUUCAAAAUAUGGCGACCCUACAGUUAGGUAUGAUGGGAGUUCAAAGCACCUGUAAGGUGCCACUUUAGUUACACCCUCCUUGCUCCUCACAGAACUACAAUUCCCAGAGUUCUUUGAGAAGCAGUUCUUUAAGUCACAGCAGCGCAAUCAGCCACUACAGAGGAACACAUUAAGGCAACAUGUGCUAAGAGAAUGGUGUCAAUACUUGGGUGGAGCGAGGAAAUGACUGCUCAUCCUGCCUUCAUGUUUUGGCAUUGCAGUUGGCACAUUCUGGCAGAAUCUCACCACCACUCUGGCAUUUGAGCAUUGAUUCAUACGAGUGAAAUAACUGCUGCGAUGGCCUGGGCUGGUUCCCAAGAGUUCCAGUUCCCAGGCACUGGUGCUGCAGAGCUAAAGGAUCCAGACAAGGCCGCUGGGUGGUGCUGGUGCUGGUGGUGUGUGGAUCAUGGAACGAGCUGGAGAAAACCCUCUGACCCCCGGUGUUGCCUUUUCUGUCCCCCUUGAUCUCUCACAGGACAUCCCACUCCAGGGCAAAGGCAGACGCAGCUGUGACGGCGGCGCAGAAGGCGCAGGAGGAGGCUCGGAUUGCCAGGAUCACUGCCAAAGAGUUUUCGCCUUCCUUCCAGCACAGGGAGAACGGUCAGUGACUUCAUCCUCUCAUCCCUGAGCGCUGCAAGCGCAGCUGUGUGCCUGGGAAAGAAGCAAGCCAUCCCUUGCAGGAAUUCUCCUGAGUCAGUGUCAGAGAGCAGGCCUCUCUUUGGCACUCUUGCUUGCUCGCCUGCUGAGCCAGGGCUUCUGCUCCAUCUCCUUCGGACUCCCUGAGCCGCCAUUUCUUUCCUCUGGGCCACAAUUCACAACCACCUUGGUCUUACACAAUCAAGAUCCUGGUGAAGGGUUGCAUCCAGUGCCCGUCCUACUCGGAGUAGACCCAUUGAAAUUAAUGGGCAUGAAGGAUUUAGGCCCAUUCCUUUCAGUGGGUCUGCUUGAGUAGGACUUUGUUGGGUGCAACACUUAGUGCAUAAGCCCACACUUACAGACUCUCCAAGCGUCCCUGUUUUCCAGGCACAUCCCUGAUUUAGAGAAGCUGUCCUGGUUUCUGAUUUGAUCCAGGAAAGACUCACUUUUCCUUAGGAUGUCCCUAUUUUCAUUGGAGAAAUGUUAGAAGGGUAUAGAGUUAUCUGACCCUUGAGACAUCUGAAGGCAAUCCUGUAUAGGGAAGUAUUUUUUUUUAAGUUUAAUGUUUUAUUAUGUUUCUAUUUAUGUUGGAAGCUGCCCAGAGUGGCUGAGGCAACCCAGUAAGAUGUGUGGGGUAUAAAUAGUAAAAUUAUCAUUAUGGAACAUUCCUAUUUUCAUCGGAGAAAUGUUGGAGGGUAUGCACUUAUCUUUCUUCCGCACUUUAAAGCUCCAUGUCUGAGCUCUCUUUACCUCUGAAUCAGAGCAAACAGCAAUCCAUGGGAAUCUUGAAUUGUUCUUUGUUGCGCUUCAGCUUUAAAGAGCGGGCUUUUGCUGUGAAAGCUCUGAGGUGAAAAAAUAGAGCGCAGACAUGGAGCUUUAAAGUGCAGACCUGUGCCUGAAAGGCACAGGGGGAAAGGUAAGUGUGGAUCAGCCCAUAUCCUCCAACAUCCUAGGGAUCCUAGUGCUGCCUCUGGCUGCUGCCCAGCUGGAGUUUACUCAUGGCAGGGCCUUCUUGGUGGUGGUUCCCCAUUUGUGGAAUGGCCUUCCUGGUGAGGUGCAUCUAUCUCCCCCAUUACUGACUUUCAGGAGAAAUCCAAAAACAUUUCCCCAGGCAUUUGAUGGCCAAUAGAUACUGGCCAUAACAACCAUGAAAUGUGUAUCUGUGAGGAUAUGCCAUUGCUUCUAAAUGUUUUUUCUGUGUUUUAAAUCCUUUUAGAUAGAUUUGAAUCUCUUUUUAUUUUAUUUUAAAUUGGCCUGUUUUAGCAUUUUGAUGUUUGCUGCCCUGGGCUCCUUUGGAAGGGAAAGCAGGCUAUAGAUUUAAUAAAUAAAAUAAAUUUCUGACAUCAGAUGUGGAGCAGAGGAAGAUGCAGCUCCCUGUUGAAAGUGGGGCUUGUGGGCAGCUCAUGAAACCUUCUGCCUUUUGCCCAAGUGGUUUUAUUUCAAAUCGUGCAGGUAAAGGGAAAUGAAUCACCUGAUCUUUUUGUGCUCUCAGGUGAUUGACAGGUGGGUGGCCAGGUCAAAGUUUGCCUGUGGGAGGUGGGAAAGGUAAGGCUCUGACCUGCCAGCCAGGUCUGGAUGCCCACCCUUGUCUCAGUACAAAACAUACCCAUAUCCCUGUAGAAACGCAAUCCAUCAAGGUGUGCUUGCUUUCACAGAUAGCUCAACUUGGGACCAAGCUGUUGUUUUUGGUAUUAUUGCUGCGGCUGCCACUACCGCAUAUACACAUUUUCUGAAGACAAAUCACACAAAACAAUCCAGUAGCAGGGCAUUGGACCAGAUGACCCUUGUGGUCCUUUCCUACUCUAUAAUUCGAUGAAAGGGCUGGAUAAAAUUAAAAGCAUAGAAAGCAAUCAAUUAAAUCACAAACAAAAAGGCAGCCUAAGAAUCUAAUAACAUUUCAAAGUGGCACACACUUAAAAACGCAACCUAAAAGCCUGUUGAAAAUAGUAAGGUCUUUAAAAGAAGCCUAAAAACCAGCAAAGAAGGAAGCCAGGGGACUGUAACUUUGGGACCACCACUGAAGUGGCCUUGUCGCUUUUACCCCUUAACCCAAACAACCCCAUCAAAACAAUUCAGACAGCAAAUGUGGCGAUGGGACAAAAUAGAAGCAAACACAGAACGUUGCAUUUGGUGUUGCUGCUGGUUCUAUCCCACGGGAAGGGCUGUGGAUCUGUGGAAGAGCACCUGCUUUGCAUGGAGAUGGUCCCAGUCCAACACCCGGCAACUUCAGGCAGGGCUGGGAGAAAACCCUUGCAGAACUGCUGCUGUCAGUCAGUGCACACAAUACUGAGUUAGGUGGCCUAAGGUUCCGUCUCAUGAUAUGGCAGCUGCUUCCUAUGUUCCUGUCUACCAGUAUGGUGCUUCCCCACCUCUCCCCGCUCUCUCCUCAUUCAUUACCAAACCAUCACACAAGAAAAGGCACCACCGAUGAAGAUGACGCAAAGAGACACAGACAGACACCGCUCCCCGCAUCUUUUUCAUUACAUUACAUGGGAGAGCAGGCCUGUGCUUUUGCUCUGUGUAACACUGUGCAGUGCCAGAAGCAGAAAAACAGUACCUUCCUGCUCAGCCAGCAACACUUUAGGAGGAGGGCUGGCUCCAUUUACAAGCAGAGUUGAAAGCAUCCAGUGCCCUUCAGGGCCUAUAGCGCUGUGUGAUGUUCUGUGCAAAAUUUUGCCUGCUGGGGUAAGGAAUUUGUCAGGGUUAUUAUAAAAAUUAAAUUGGAGGUUGCCUUGUGACCAUGAGAUUUUAGGGGUAGCCCUUUGAUGAUGAUGAUGAUGAUGAUGAUGAUAACAAUAAUAUAUUAUUUAUACCCCUCCCAUCUGGCUGGGUUUCCCCAGCCACUCUGGGCGGCUCCCAACAGAAUAUUAAAAACACAAUAAAACAUCAAACAUUAAAAACUUUCCUAAACAUGGCUGCCUUCAUAUGUCUUCUAAAAGUCAGAUAGUUGUUUAUCUCCUUGACAUCUGAUGGGAGGGCAUUCCACAGGGCAGGCGCCACUACCAAGAAGGCCCUCUGCCUGGUUCCCUGUAACCUCACUUCUCUCAGCGAGGGAACCGCCAGAAGGCCCUUGGAGCUGGACCUCAGUGUCCGGACUGAACAAUGGGGGUGGAGAUGCUCCUUCAUGUAUACUGGGACAAGACCGUCACAUGGGCACCCUGGAGAUUCUUCCUCUGUGCUCCCUACCACUACUGAGCCCUGGUAAUGGAGGUUAAUUAGGAAGUAGGGGGGAGGUCCGUUCAAUAAUUUGCAGCUGGCUCCUACAGGGGUUAAGCUUGCAAGCUGCAUACACAGUCUUCUUCUUCUUCUUCUUCUUCUUCAUCAUCAUCUUCAUCUUCAUCUUCAUCUUCAUCUUCUAAAGGUGGUCUUUCCCACCUGGAUAUUCAAACUCUCCCUUUGCUACCUGGAGGGGACCAGACAAAGUUGGAGACUUCAGGUCAGCCCUGGAGGUCUGGUUGCCCGUCAUGUGAUUAUUCUUGAGAAGAGCAGGUAAAGGUAAAGGUAAAGGGAACCCUGACAGUUAAGUCCAGUCGCGAACAACUCUGGGGUUGCAGCCCUCAUCUUGCUUUACAGGCCGAGGGAGCCAGCGUUUGUCUGCUUCUGCAGACAGUUUUUCUGGGUCAUGUGGCCAGCAUGACUAAGUCGCUUCUGGCGAAACCAGAGCAGCACACAGAAACGGUGUUUACCUUCCCGCUGGAGUGGGACUGCAUGCUUGCACUGCAUGCUUUCAAACUGCUAGGUUGGCAGGAGCUGGGACCGAAUAACUGGAUGUGGAGGAGCCACCCCAGAUUUUAAUGCACAAGGGUUUGGCUUGGCUGCGUGUGUCUUUCUGUGUAGGGCAAAGGACAGGAGGGAUGGGAGAAGAGAUAUAAGUCUAAGAUGCAGUCAUUAAACAGCACAUUAAUUAAUGUGUGUUCAUGUCAAGGCACCCAGUUCCAGUGCUCUGCACCCUCAUUAGAAGUCUUUUGCUAACAUUUUUUUUAAAAAAAGAGAGAUUUAAAUUGGAGGUUACUCAUCGCCCUUAUAUUAGGGUAUUGAGAAUUUGACAAGUGAUGAUUCACUUUGCUAGCUUCUUGUCCUUUUUCAGAGCUCAUUCCCACUUCCCCCACCCCCUCUCAGUAGCAGUGACUUAGGAAGGCUACCCUGCCAGUCCUGUAAAUUAUCUGACCCAUGGGGAAAUCUCAGCUGACGGCUUCUGUUUUUCCUACUUCUGCUUAGAGAACGGCCAUAACUCAGUAUAGUAGAGCGUAUGCUUUGCAUUCAAAAGAUCUCCUGUUCAAUCUCCAGACAUCUCCAGGCAGAAAAUACUGCCUGAAACUGCCCAGUCUGUGUUGACAAUAUAGAGCUAGAUAGACUAGUGAUCUGAUUCAUGUUUAUAGGUUCCUCUGGUGGGCAGAAAAUCAGGGUUCCCCUCACUCCCUUUGCAAAAAUGGCCUGCAGUCUUCCCCCCUCCCGAAAGUGAGUUCAUGAAGGUUCCACCAUUUAAUCAUCUCAUUAAGAAAAAUAAUCAAAAUCUGAUGGCUGGCCUGUUAUGAGCCAGAGGGCUCAGACCCGGGGGAUAACUGUUCUAUAGUUUAUUUAUCCAUUUCCCGCUUUAGCACAUGUCUGUUCAAAGUGCUUCCUUGCACUCUGUACAGGCACGCUGGCAAUGAUGAGGGGCUGUGGUGGGUGUUUCCAUGGCUGCUCCUGUCCACCAGUGCCUCAAAGGACACUGAGUUUCUCGGUUUUUAAAAGAAGUCUCAGUACCACAAAUGCACACUGCAAAUAUGGUAUGAAUACUUAUGGAAUUCAAUUCCACAAGAUGUGAUAAUGGCUGACACUGAGCCCUGGCUUUUUCAACCAUGGCCCUGAGAAGAUGUUUAUGUCGUCUUCCUCCAUUUAUUCCACAAGUCAGCUAGCAAAUCCGGCAAGGGGAACAAGCCUGUCUUUGGAGGAUAGGCCGUUCUGACAUCAACAUCCCUCCGGGGUUAUCGCUUCCACACAGAACUACAAUCUGGGUAUCAGAGAUCUGAGCGCUUUAGCAGGCCUCUCUGAGCCCCAGAGGCCUCCUGCAACCCCGAGCUGUUUGCUAUCUACCUCUCCAGUUGCCAGGGGACUUCUUCUCUUUAAACAUAAUCUCUCAAAAAGACUUUUUAUCUAAUACAUUUUUUAUCAGCUUCCAGACUAGGCUGCAGAAUUCUGUUUGCAAUGGAGUUUGUUUCUGAUGCACUUAGGAGGGAUUUUAAUACACAUCCCACUAUUGCAUGCAUUUACAAAAAAUGCAAACACGCCAAGCGGAGAGGAUCUUGCUCAGGAAGAAAUUGAGUAGAUAAAAACUGGAGCCCUUCUUGCAUUAUCUGCCCCAAGCCCUUAGGCUGCAAACUUCAGCAAAUCGAUAACAAAAUGGAAAGGAGCUACAUACGGUUAUACCUGCAUAUAUCCAAUUGAUAUUAGUGGGGCUUAUCUGAACACAAGAUUAGAGGGAGAGAGAGGGAAAUGAGGACUUAACUGGAAAUGCUGGUGCUGGUGUUUCAAAAUAUGAGGAACUGUAUUGCCUUUGUGUCAGUGAAGCCUUUGAUUCUCACCAGGGAGUGAUGCUGCACUGGGGUGAUCUCACAGAAUGUCCACAAACAUUCCAAAUGGUCAGGGAGCGAAGCUGUUAGAAUGUUUGCUGACAGACGGAAAAGCUGAAGAAGUGGGUUGAAUUUUCCAUGUGGAUCUGCGCUAACAAGCCAGCUCUUUGGCAACAGGGUGCUAAUAUUGUUGACUACAGUAACUGCUUGCCUGCAGAACCUGCAGGAAAGGAUAAUAACCUCCAUGGUAGCACUUGCACAAAAUUCAGGUCUUGAUUGGUGUUGCUGAGGCUUGAUUCAUGUGUAAGUCUCCCUGCAAUCCUCGGAUGAAGAGCAGCAUAAUAAAUAAAAUGUGCAGGUGGUCAUAUGGGUGGCCAAUAGCAAUGCGGUGUUACUUCCAUGUGGCUAGUUGCACUAGCAGUGUGCAAUUAGUGUGGCCAUGCAGUUGUACUGGAUGGGUCUGAGCAAGACCCAAGAGAGGCGGUAAAGUUGGCGUGAAAGGCAAAGUAUGAUCUCUUGUGCAGUGUGAGGUAUGUUCCAGCAAUUCAUUUCUGGGAAUUUUGGGCCAUAUGUUUCUCCCUUAAAUACCAGAGAGUGUGCCUAAGGCCCUGAGAGAGCUGAGAGAGCCAGAGUGGCGUAGCAGUUAGAGUGUCAGACAAAUGCCUCGGAGAUCUGAGUUCAAAUCCCUACUUCACCAUGAAGCUCACUGGGGGAUCUGGGUCAAUUCCUGUUUCUUAGUGUAACUUACUUUGCAGGGGUUUGUGAGGAUAAAAUGGGGAGAGGAAGGGCUAUGUAUGCCCCCUUGAGCUCCUUGGAGGAAACGUGGGAUAUAAUUGUAAUAACAAAACAAAUAAGCAAUGGCUGACUCUUGUGUGCACCUUUUCUCCGUCUCCUUCCAGGACUUGAGUGUCAGAGGCCAAAGAGGCAGAAUUCAAGCGACGACAUCGAGGUCCUUUCGACAGGGACACCGCUCCAGCAAGAAAGCCCAGAGCUCUACAGGAAAGGAACGACGCCUUCGGACCUCACCCCCGACGACAGCCCCCUGCAGAGCUUUCCCGCCAGCCCCUCCUCCACCCCACCUCUGGGUCCCUCCUGUAGAAACAAGAGCACCCACUUCUCCAGGCAGGUGUGCAUGGACGAAGAGAGGGGCGGGGAGAUCCAAAUGUUGCUGGAGGGACGUGGCAGGGACUAUAUGAGGCCCAACAGCUGGGGCGAAGACAAGGAGGGCAGGGCACACGGCGUGAGGGGCGGGGCCUUGCGCAGUGGCCAGCCGGGCUCCUCCGAAGACUACCGGGGCCGAAGCGGCGGGCACAAGCACGCGGCCUCCAACCACAAACAGCGGGAGAGGUGGACAGACCCCCCGGCCACGGUUUCAUGGACUCACCACCGACCCCACCACCACGGCUCAGGGAGCAACAAGCUCCUGGAGCUGGACGAGGAGAAGCUGAGCAACUACGAGAUGGAGAUGAAGCCUCUCAUGAGGAUGGAUUCUUAUAUGCAAGAAAUACACUCCCAAAAAAGACAUUAUAGCAAAAUGGGCCCCAGCAGGAGCCUCGCGGAGGACCACCACGGGGAAGACCGGGGCUUUGGAGUCCAAAGACUGAGGUCUAAGUCCCAAAACAAGGAGAACUUCAGGCCAGGGCCUUCUGCCGAGCCAACAGUGCAGAAACUAGAAAGUCUGAGGUUUGGGGACAAGGGGGAACCCCGGCUAUUGAGGUGGGACUUAACCUGCUCCCCACCACAGAAAUCCUUACCUGUUGCACUAGAAUCGGAGGAGGAGAAUGGGGAUGAGCUCAAAUCCGGUGCGGUAAGUGGAAUAUUUAAAUAGAUAUGUAUAUUGUGUAAGUGUGAUCUCUUCAGUGGGGGAAAUGGGCAACAUGGUGGUUGUUGAGUGUAUUUACACCCCGCUUUCCCCCCAAACUGGAAUUCAAGGUAGCUCACAUUUUAACAACAUUAUUGCAGAAUGCAAAGUAAUAAAAACAAACUAGUUGAAAACUAGUUGAAAAAAAUAGGGACGCGGGUGGCGCUGUGGUCUAAACCACUGAGCCUCUUGGGCUUGCCGAUCAGAAGGUCGGCGGUUCGAAUCCCCAUGACAGGGUGAGCUCCUGUUGCUCGGUCCCAGCUCCUGCCAACCUAGCAGUUUGAAAGCAUGCCAAAAAUGCAAGUAAAUAAAUAGGUACCACUACUGGGGGAAGGUAAACGACGUUUCUGUGCGCUGCUCUGGUUUCGCCAAAAGCGGCUUAGUCAUGCUGGCCACAUGACCCGGAAAAACUGUCUGUGGACAAACGCUGGCUCUUUCAGCCAGUAAAGCGAGAUGAGCAUCGCAACCCCAAAGUCAUUUGUGACUGGACUUAACUGUCAGGGGUCCUUUACCUUUACUUUUAGUUGAAAACGGAAUGGAACACAUUUAGAACCAGCAUUAAAAUACCAGAUGUCCUGAAAACAGCCCAGAAAUCAACAUCUAGUCCACAGCUAGUUCCCAAAGGCCUGUCUAAAUAGGAAGGUCUUUCCUUGUGGAAAGAUAGCAAGGAGGGAGCCAGUCUAACCUCUCUUGAGAAGGGAUUCCACAAUACAAAAGCAGCCACAGAAAGGCUCUCUCUCCUGUCACCACCAACCAUGUCUCCGAUGUGGAUGAGACUGAGAGAAGGUGCUCCUGUCUGCAGAACCUGCUUUCAACUCCCCUUGCCUUUUCAACUUCAGGCGUCUGGCUCAAGCUUCUUAAUCCCUUUGGCAUGGUGCUAAUAACACCAAGGUUGCAGGUUCAGUUUCCGUAUGGGACAAUUACAUAUUCCUUUAUUGCAGGGGGUUGGACUAGCUGAUCCUCAGCGUCCCUUCCAGCUCUACAUUUCUAUGAUUCUGUGAUCUCAGCACCUGAGCAGGUUCUGAAAGGGAGAUACAAUAUUUCAGGUAGCUUCGUCCCAUGCAAUAUAGGGCUUAAUUGGUGCUAACCAGCACUUUGAAAAGUGCCUGGAAACGAACUGUAGCCAGUGAAGUUGUUAUAACAGGGGGGUAAAGCGAUAGAUUAUGCAUAUUACAGGGGAGCAACAUGGUGGGUGAUGUCUCUAGUUGUUAGGUGUAACAAGCAGAGGCUCACAAAAAUUUAAGGACAGAUUUAUUUCCCACACGUGUGCAGAGUACUCAGCCAUUUACGCAUCUAGUGAGUGUGUGUGCACGCACACGCACACAUUCUCUGCACUUAAUUAAAAAAAACAACAACUGGAGACCAGGACUGCAUUUUUGAGGCUAGUACAACGAAUGGAUGCUUCUGUCUUGUGCCAGGAUAAUUUUGACACACUGAAUCAAAAUUUCCCACUCAACUUUCCACCCACUGAGGUUGCUUCCAGAUGGGUGGCUCCUAGGGCUACUUAGUCGCCACCCUUCUGUUAAUAAGCUACGAGCAAAUUGCAGCUGACUUCCCACACUAUGGGGAGUAUUGCGCUUCCUCUGUGUGAACAUCUUGUUGUGUUCUGUCCGCUGCAGUGAGGUGUGAUAUGGCUGAUAUGGGUGGUGCUGGUUGCAGCUCAGCACAAAUUCCCUCUAUCCGUUGGGGUGGGUGCUGCUUUAUUAUCCUGCUUUAAUCAAUCUUUUAAAAGGUAAAAACACUGCUCUGCCUUUAAGGAAAAAAAGGAUAGAGAGGUCUAGCGCUAUAGCACCGCAAUGCUACGAAGCUGUAGCAUUAUGGUGUAAUACACACACACACCCUCUAAAGUUGCUAAAGUGAUAAAUAAGUUUUAGCAGUAAUUAAAAGAUAAGUAAAACCAAAAAUAGGCCAUCAGCACAAAUAUUAUAACAAAUGUGUACUGGGCUGAUGCAGUCACUUUGCUUACACACCACUGCCUAUGUCAGAACCCCACCAAAAAAAUGGGACACUAGCCCUAAGGGUAUCUGCACCUAUGGAGGCUUACAAUACUCUUUCAUUUUUUUCUGAAAAGAAAUCAAACUUUCUGCAGUCUACAGCCACAUUUAAAGCACAUUUAAAACACCCCCAAAAUCCUGGGUGCUGUGGUUCACUAUGGCUGCUGGGAGUGAUAGUUCUAUGAAGGGUCAACUACAGUAUCCAGGGGAGCAGUGGGGGAUGUGUUUUUAAUGCAUGACAUGUGCACAGUCUGAGAAACUAUGGUGGGAUGCCAGCAAACAUACAGAAUGUCAAUUAUUGGACGAUGGUGUUAUGUGGAUAGCCUUGUAAAACGAAGCUUGUCAACGAAGCUCAGCAACCCCACACUGAAUAUCUGGUGUGGAAGACGCCGCAGGCAGCUUGUAGCAUAGAUGUGCUGUUGUUCUGCAGUAUCCAACAGUACUUUAAAGUAGGCUGUCUUUCAAAACAAACAGAACUCUUGAUUAGAUUACAGUGGUACCUCGGGUUACAUACGCUUCAGGUUACAUAUGCUUCAGGUUACAGACUCCGCUAACCCAGAAAUAGUACCUCGGGUUAAGAACCUUUGCUUCAGGAUGAGAACAGAAAUCGUGCUCCGGUGGCAGCGGGAGGCCCCAUUAGCUAAAGUGGUACCUCAGGUUAAGAACAGUUUCAGGUUAAGAAUCGACCUCCAGAACGAAUUAAGUUCUUAACCCGUGGUACCACUGUAAUCUCUUUCUGUUUGUGCAUGUAUUUUAAAAAGGAGGGUGCUGUUACCACAAAGGAACACAGGUCUAUUUUUGACCCAUCCAGAAUAACUCCAAGCAGAUCUGAGGUCAGGUAUGUGGGGCAGUGUGUUCUAAAAAUAACCCACUGCCAGACAGCCCCAUCAUAAGCUGAAUUCUGUCUCGUCACCAGUUUCCUUUGUGUACUGGGUUACUCCUCCCUGACAUGCAUCCUGGAGUGGCAAAUAGGCCUGAUCUGCAGUCUCAUUUGCACUUCAAUUCUGCAAGUGGUGCAAGAAGUUCUAGGAGUGGCAUGGCAGGGUUGAGUUUCCUUGGGAUGAGAGAACACUGGUGACUUCAGGCAUACUCACAAUGUUUGCUGUAUUUGCAAAUAUGUGUGUACAAGCAAAUCCUAAGUGCAGUUGAAAAGGCCGGUUCUGCUAAGCACAAUUUGGGCAGCCCUCCAAACUGAAAUCCCAGUUUCAUCUAACUCCAGCUGGAAAAACUCAGCUCUCUUUCGCAUCCAAAACCAGCCAAAUUACCCCAUCUCUCUCUCUCUCUCUCUCUCUCUUGCGCGCGCGCACACACACACACACACCUUUGACUGUUAGCUGGAGGAAUAGCACCUUCCCCACAUCCUGGGGUAGGUGCAGGCAACGGGGCUUGUAUUAUUUCCAGGUCAUCGUGCAUGAUGACGGAGCAUGCAUACGCCCUCCCUACCCCAUUCUGCCCCAUUACGUGCCCCACCCAUGUUACGCCCCAUUCUGCCUCCUUUUCCUGCCACUUCUGGGUCACUGCAAUGCACGUGGUUGCAGUUGUGGUCUCGUGUCAAUUGGACGCAUGUCAAUUGGUUGUUGUCUGUUUACCAUUCAGAAAUACAUAGAGGUUCCCCUCAGUGAUCAGGAGACAAUCUCCUAACCUUUAGCUCCCAUGAUGUGGCCUUAACUGAGCCUUCUGGCCUAUUAAAAAGCACUUUGCCUAACAAUGGAAUGGUCAGCCAGCAUCCUUAAGAAUGGAUGGUGCUUCUUGUAGCUACUUCAUAAGGACAUCAGGAGAGCCUGCUGGAUCAGGCCAAGGCAUCCUGUUUUUCUGUCCAGUGUCCUGUUUUCACAAUGGGUUUCCCACUGGCAUUUGGUUGGCCACUGCUACCUCCCAUGGUCUCCAGCAACUGGUGUUUUGAACCAUUGCUGCCUCCAGCUGUGGAGGCAGAGCAUGGUCAUCAUGACUAGUAGCGGCUGCUACCCUUCUCCUCCAUGAAUUUGUCCAAUCCUCUUUUAAAUCCAUCUCAGCUGGUGGCCACUGCUGCCUCCUACAAGAGGCCCCGGGGGUGCAAAACCUCUCAGAGAAAGACAGGGAGAGCUGGCGAUUGCCAAGGGUGCAAGGGAUGUGAGGGUGGCGAUACAUCUCCUUGCCAGGAGUGCAAGUGAGCCUAAGUAUGCCUCUGGGAGUGAGUUCUGUAGUUUAUGUGCUGUGAGGCAGCGGUGUAUGAUGUGAAGAAACUUUGUGUGUGGUCAGUGGAUUGUGGCUUGAGAGGCAGAUGUUGGCACAGAGAGCCACCUGAGCCGUGUGAUGUCUGUAUUUUAUAUGUUCCUAGAAUAGCCUGGAAAGCAGCCAGAGGGAGGGAAGGGCUUGUGCUACUCAGGGAAUGACCUUGUUCAGGACCAUGAUGGGACCUGAGCUCUUCUUCCUUUUCGGUCCAAAGUUCUUCCUAUCACUUAUAACAGGUGAGGGAUGACAGUCUGCUUCUGGAAUAAGGAGUGGAGAGGGGGAAGAUAAAUUGAUGCUCCCAGACUCUUGUCAGUGAACAAACUGAAGACCAGACACAACACUGAUUUCCAUCUAAUCAUUGCCAGGCAGCCUCCUCUUUUAUAAAACUACAUAUAUAAAACUGCCUGCAGCAGCUGGAAUAAUGUUACUCCUUAGCAGUGUCCUUGUCACAACUCUUUUGAUCUGAGAAGGCUUUUGAUAUAGUUGAAGCGUUUGCCCUCAUUUACCUUGUGUCUGUCACCACCAACAAUUAGCUUUACAUUUCCCCAAGUAAAUUUUUAAUAAACUCAAAACUCUUGAGCAUUUCUGAAGGCAACUGAACAGGGUUAUUCUGUGCAAAUGAAGCUGGCCUUGGAAAUUCUGGGAAUAAUAUGAACAUUCCUUUCCUCAGAUCCCAAGUCUGAGUGGGAGAUAAUUUGGCUCACUCAAGGAGUGGGAAGCAGUUUCCAUUCCCUCCCAGUUUCUAGGGUUUUGUUUUUGCUUGCUUGCUUUUACAUUUAGAUACUAUAAAUCUGUAUCUUGCUGAGGCCGUUCACAGAUUGGCCUUCUAAGUACAAUACUGCUUCAAAAAUUCACUACCAAUAAAAACACUAAAAGCCCAGUUGCAAAGUCAAGAACAUUGAUAGUCCUGUUAAGCACAUUGGUUGACCACUGCAUGUCAUAUCAGACAGAGGGCCUAACCUAUCUGCACUACAAAAAUACCAGUUUAUACCAUGAAUGCCUUCCCUCAUAGAAGCCAGAGUACUGUAGGCUCAUUGAACUUUAGUUCCCAGGAUCCUCUGGGGUGAAAGAAUGUUAAACUGGCUUAGUCUGUAGUGCAGAUUCACUAAAAAAACAAGUGGUGGGCCUUGUCACGAGGCUCCUUUUCUAGGGUAACUCACCUUUGGUGCUAGUACUGGCUGUGUAAAUCUGUAAUUUUUAGUAAUAAGAGUUAUGUUAUGUUCUAUAGCAUGGUGCUGUUUUGAGAAAUGUGUCAGCCUUACACCAAGGAACAUCAGCUCUGUAUGAUUGCCUUUUCAAAACAUAAGCUAGAAAUGUUUGAAAGGAAGAGUAGGGAUGGAGGGAUAGAGAGGAAGUGUCAACACAGCAUCUCCCGAUGGGAUUUUUUUUCCCUGCACAGUUUUCAGUUUAUUUUGUCCUGGUUUGACUUUCUCAGCCCUCCCCCACUAUUCUUAAGUAUGGACACUGUUGUUGGGCGGUGGGGUGUUUUAGAAAGGGGAAGGUACCCAAAAUAUCAAAUAUGACAACUUGACCUUUGACAUUAUUGCCUUUCCAUUCUGCUGACAAGUUGUGAGUUUUAAAAAGUUGUCCACAGAGUGAAAUAUCAAAAGUGGCAUUUGAAAAUGCUCAAAAGCCAAACAAGUCAACUCUGGGUUCUGAACGUGUUUUUGCUGCCGUUCAGGUGAGCCUUACGAAAUGUCACUUGAGUUAUUGUGGGUGGAAGGGGCCUCUUGCCAGCCUGGGGGCAGGAGAGGGCUUUCCCUGGGAUGGGGCACUUCCCUCCCCCUGCAGCACAGGGAGGGCAGGCGCAGGGGUUGGGGGUGUGGUGCCAAGAGCCGCCCAAUGAGAAACCCAGACAUAAAAGUUCAACUGCUGGGCUUACUGGCAGAGCUCAAGAAAAAAGCCUCAGGGGCGGAGGGAGCGAAGGCGGAGGCAAUCGCAAAGCUUUUUAUCAGAUUAGUUAUGAAUAUUAGGCAGCCUUCCAGACCCCGGCCAAAGCCGCCUGGUGUCUUUCCAAAGGCUGAGCCAUUUCCUUUUGGAGCAGUGGCUGCAUUUCUCCUGGGGGAGCUAGAAGAGGCAGAGGAGCAGCUAGCGGGAAAGAGAACGACAGGCUGCCAUCGGCUGAAACAAGGGGCUCAUCCGCUUGUGCCUCCUCACUAGGCACUACUGCCUAUUCAGAGUAAUGCCACUGUUUUAGUGCUAGGCUUUGCUGUGUAAAUCUUUAUUUCAUAUACAGAGGGCCACAUCCUCUUUUGAGGACCAGGACCAGAGGGGUGAGAAAGUGGAGCAAUUUGUGCAACUCCUACUUUAUAUUUUUAUUCAUUUAUUAAAUUUGUUAGUUGCUUUAUCUUGUCAAAGGCAACCCAAAUGAACUUACAACCUGUAAAGCAAGCUGCAUUCCAGGCAUGCAAAACAAACAAGCAAGCAAGCAAGCAAGCAAACAAACAAACAAACACAUUAGAGGUUUCCAAACAUGCAUGCAGGCUCCUCCACCCAGGCAAGCAAGAGGCAUUAUCCCCAUUCAAGGCUAUAUUCCAGCCUGAUAAAAGCACUGAAGGAGGGUGCAGAGCAGCAUGGAGAAGGGUGUCACCUGGGAAGAGUCCUGAGGGCCAGAUAGUGAAUCCUGAGGGCCAGCAUUUGACCACUAGGCUUGAAGCUCCCCACCCAUCACACCCUCUUCUAACAACCCAGUCAUAUUGCUGAAGGCUCCAAUCUUCCCCUACAACCCUUCCCUUGGUAAUAGCCUUCCUACCCUACCCUGUUUCAGAAAGCAAGACAGUAUUUGCUUUAUAAUCUGAUGACAGCCAUUCAAAAUAAGCUUCCCUGAAGCAGAAGUGUGUGCAUGCAAGUGCGUUUACAUACAAUGCAGUUUAUAGAGACAAGACACCUCCAACCUUCCGUUCCCACUCUCAGGUGGAGAUUUUAACUUCUAGAAAUCCUGGAGAGGAAGUUCAACCAUGAAGCAUGACUGGCCCUAGCAAAAUUUCAUAGGCAGCAUUUUAACAAGGCAAUUGCCCAAAGGCAAAAAUCAGCACCAUGGAGAGAGACCAGGAAACAAGGUCUGUCCCAGCUAAACAGAGAGAGUUGGAGAGUACAUGAUUUGUUUCCUGCGAAGCUGUGAUGGUUUGAUCCACAUCUUGUUCAAGGCUCCCCUUUUAGAAUUCACUCACUUUUGGUAACUGUCCUGGAUUUCAAGACACUAGGAUUAGAUUAAAUUCAAGUGCUUCUGAUUUACUGGCUAGAGUGGCCUUGAAAGGGAUUUGUUUAUAAACCUUCCAAAAGCAAGUACCUGUCUGCUAGGUAUAUGGGAGGCAGGUGGCAGGGGUGUGAAGAGGAAGAGGUGGGUCAUGUGGAACCUCUCCCUUUGAUUGGCUAGCUUUCUUUCACCUUGUUGCUAUGCAACAGCAAAGGCCUUUUGAAGAGAAAGCUCUUUCCUUUGCCUGUGACAGGACUGGUUGUCUCUCUCUUCCUUGCCAAGAGACACAAUGAAUCUUCCUCUUGGUGCUGGAGGAGCAGAUUAUCUCCCCGCUCCUGUCACCAAAGAGUUUUUUAAAUGCCUCUGCAUAGCAAGGCAAAGACUUUUUAAUGUCUUCUGUAUCCUUAGAUGCACAAGCACCCAACUGCACCCAGAAUAAGUGUCCUUUGUGUUUGCUAUUGAAAACAAACAAGACAUUAUAAAUAAUCCUGCAAUUUUAGAAGUUGACAGAUCUUGGUCCAUGGACUGCUUCUAUCUGGUCCACAAUUGAAGCCAAUUAAACUCAGCAAUUAAAGUUUGGCUUGGUGAAUCCAUCUCUAGGCCUGGGAUAGGGCACCUGUGGCCUCCAGGUAUUGCUGGACUCCAUCUCCCAUCAUUCCUGACCAUUAGCCAUGUUGGCUGCUGAGAGUGGAGUCCAACUACUUGUGGAAGGCCUCAGAUUUUCCAUUACUCCAGAGGCCCCAAAGACCCUUGCUCAUGAGGAUGUUCCACAGGGAAAUGGUGACAUUUAAGUGUCAGACACACAAGGUCCCUAACUAUGCAGCGUUUUGUGGCACAUGGGCUAAUGAGCAUUUACAAAUGGCUCCCUCCACAUGGAGUGGUACCAUGGACAGGAAUUGCAAGACAAUGAAACCUGCAUUUAAGCCUAUACUACACCACAGGGCUGGUGUGGGGCAAAAAUGCUACUUUUGAGAAUGAGGAGGAUGAAAACCUCCAUCUGGAAAAUGUGUGUCUCCUCCUCCCCUGAAGCAAGAGGGGAAACUCUGGUAGGCGACAGUCUGAGAGGUUUACGAGAAGGCGGCAGUACAGGCUGAACUCUGCGCAGACUGGCUCCAGUCUCACACAGUCUGAAAAGCCAAGGGUUUGAUGGAAUAUUAAGAUCGGGUCAGUGCCAACUUCAGUCUGUGUUGUUGACAGCCAUGCGACGGGUUCAGCUUCUGGCAGCCCAGCUGAAGGUCAGGAGAAGCAGGUGAAAAGGAAAGGCUGCCACAGUGUGUGGACAGGUUAACCUUUGGAGCCACCCACUGUCGCGAAGCAAAGUUUGUGUUGCCAGUUCCUACACAUCAGACCAGUCGGCUUCCCUUGCCCCAGUCCCCAAACUGAUCAUGCAAGUGUUGCUCUUUGAUGCCGUUAAAUAAUUCCUUUCUUCUUUUUCUUUUCCUACAGGGCUCAGCUCCAAUCCUGGUAGUCAUGGUGAUCUUGUUAAACAUUGGAGUCGCCAUUUUGUUUAUUAACUUUUUCAUCUAACUCGAGACUGUCUUGUUUGCAAAAAUUAACAGAUUAAUAAUAAUAAAAAGAUGUACGAAUGGGGGAUGAUGAAGCGAAUGACAAAAACAAAAAACCAUGGGAAAGAUGGCAUCUUUUUGAACUGUCCUGCGACAACUUCCAAGUCUUUUCACAGAUGAACAACAAGAUUGAGUAUCACUCACAGUUUGCCUUUUUUUCCUGGGUAAUGUUUUUUGGAUUUUAGCCAAAAUUCUUUGCUUGUAUAACACGUAUGCUGUGUGGCAUGGCAGAAUGGUACCAGCACUCCACUCCUCCCCAGCGCUAGGCAGGAUGGGGGCUCCUCAGUGUAAUUACUCAGCAAAUCUUCAUGGAUGGUGGGAAAGGCGUUCAUGUCAGCUGCAUGACUCUGGGAGGGAGGGUCCUCUCGCUGCUGGAUCAUAGGGGAAAUCCAGAGCUGUGUCCUGGGAUAGCCGCGUUGUGUGAAAUGGCUGGCCCAGGUCAGCAUGGUUAUCAAAUUAUGUGCUCGUCACUCAAUAAAAGUCUAAACUCCGGGAUCUGCAUGUAUUGGGAAGUUGAGAGGAAACACCUAAGUAGUUUUUGCCACUUAGCAAAAAGUUAUUAACCAAUCUUUUUUCCACUUUGUUCAGAAAAGGGAAAUCUGAACUGAAUGAUGCCUGCUUAAGACAGGAACAAAUUCCAUCCUAAUAAAAGUAUUUAAUAUGUUAAAAAGGCAAUGGGUCUUAAGCUCUAGAGGCCCCUAAAUUCCAAAACGCUCCUCUGAGGAUCCCACCCAAAAUCAUUAUUAAGAACUUAAGAAGUCACAAUACCAAAUUUAUAAAAGUUGCACAUAGACACAUGGAACUGAAAAGAUGUCUUGGCUCAGGUAAAAUCCUGUACCUAUAAUUUAGGAAAAUUACCAGUCUCACCCAGUGCUUCAGAAACUUCUCAGUCACAAACGUUGUUUCUGGCAUGUGUUAAAACUUGACCCAGAAAGAUUUUUAAGAUGACCAAAGUUCUCCUAGGGUUUGGUUUUUUUGCCCAGCUAUCUGCUGGAACCCCAGUCUUCAUUGGGUCCAGCCUGCUAGAGGCCACUCUCCUGCUGUGCUGGAAUGCAGUGGUGUUAAAGGAGAAACUCUCUUGCUUUCCGUCUUCCAUCAUGAAUCGCAGCCGCACCUGGCUGUUGGCCUCAACUGUUCCCACAAGGUGCGCUUGUCAGGAGGUUUGCUUGAGGACCCUUCCCUGGCAGGUGUGCAGAUGUGGCCGAGGGAGAGCAGCUCCUCCCUGCUGCUGGCGAGGAAUGGGGUGUGCUGGGGGGUUCCUGUUCCAUCUUGCCAUGGGCCAUUUCCAGAUGUCAUGCUUGGCCUCUGAGCAUGUAAUAUUUUUGCACUUUGUCCGCAGGAUGUAUAUUCCGGCUUCCGACAUAUCCCUGUACAAAAAACAAAAACAAAAAAAAAUCAUUGACAACAGCAGCCUCCGAGUACGUAAAUGCUCUUUUUAUAUUUUGUUUGUUUGUUUUUUCCUCCUCUAUGUAUCACUUAAUUUUGGUAUGGUUCAAAACAUCUUUGUAAGAUGCCUGCCUUGUUCUUCUUUCUUCACUUCCUUGUUUGGUUUGGUUUCUUUUUUCGUUCUCCUUCCCCUGGUAACUCACUGAAAAUAUGCAUUGUUCAUUAAAGAUGCAGUACCCCUAAUCAGGCCACCAUCAUCCCAAAGAGAGCCUAGUGUUGGCUCAGCCCUGCCUCAUGUGGAAGAAAACAGCCCCGGGCUGGUGAGGAGGGAAGGCAACCUGGAAAACAACCCUUUCUUCCUACCAAUCAACCUGGACCCGCUGAUCCGUUUGACCAGGUUUCACACGUGAUGACUUGACUGCCC